AUGGCAGUUUGGUACAGUAAUAAUAAUAAUGACGGGUAGAAAAUUACUUAAUUAUUACUUGAUUAUAGAUUAUCAUCUGAUAUCUAAUUAUUUUUAAGCACCUAAUUAUAAUUGUAUAUACUUAUUCAAUAAUUAAGUUUAAAUGAAAAAUAUUAUUUUAUAGUUCUAAGUUUUCGAAUAAAGCAUUUAUCCCGGGACUUUUUUUUUCAUUAAGAUAUUAUGUUUCAAUAUAAUAUUAUAAUACUAUUUGACCAGUAUGAAAAAUUCGUAUUAAAAAAUCAAUUUUAUACGAAUAACAGAUUGUACAGUUCUAAGUCAGCAAUUCUUCAGAAGUUUUGAAAAAAAAAACCUUAAGUGCAAAAUAAAAAAGAUGCAUUAAAAUCCGGGCCCUAAUAAUAGAUUUAAAAAAUACGGACAUACAUCGCUCGCGGGUGCAGCCACUGUUGUAAGUGGGAAGUUGGGUAGGUAGGAUACAGAAGGAAAUUUAAUGUAUAUCUGUAAGCAACGAUUAACCAUUGCUAACGAAAAAACGAUUCUCAGCGGAGUUCAGUUGAUAGUGUUACUUUGUCAACAAUAUAUAUUAUGUCAUAUUAUGGUAAAAUAAUUAAAUAGGCAUUAUAUAUUUUCUUUAAUGCAGUAGAACCUCAUUAAUCCGGAUAUCAUUAAAUCGGACUUCGGUUAAUCCGGAUAGACGUUUAGUAACACGUGAACUACGCAGUUUGUGCCGCAAAUCAAAAUAAACACGAAAAUGAGUUCCACGAAUUACCUAUAAAUGCUAUGCAUGUUACCGAGAUUAUUUAUGAUUUUAUAAAUUAUGCUUACUAUAAUACAAAUUCUGAAAUCUAUAAGUUCUAAUGGUUCUUUUCAUUUGUUGAAGCCGGUAAAAUGUUUAAAUAAAAAAAAAAUACUUGGUUUUUUGUUAUUUUAUUUAAUCCGGUUUUCCAUUAAUUCGGUCAACUUAGAGCUCCAAUUAGUCCGGAUUAAUGAGAUUCUACUGUAAUAUUUGUUUUAUAUUGUACCGAUUUUCCUACGUUUUGCCCGAUCUUUCAUAUUUGCUGAGAAUACUCCUGAGAAAAACCGAAAAAUGAUCUCUCUAAAGUACCACCCCAAAACAAUUUCCUUUCAGAAAAGGGUUUACAUCUAUGCAUCUAUGCAUUUUUAAAAAAUGAUAACAAUAUCGAUUGAUGUAUAUGGUUUUCUAGGAUUGUUUCUAGGAUUCGCGUUCACACGUUGUUUUGGCUGUCAGCUUGAGACCGACUCAUUAUCGCUUUCAUCAACUACCACUUUCUGCUAGUAAUAUUAUAGUACAAUAUAACAUAUAUGUUAAGGUUUAAAUAAAAUUAUGAUAUAUACAACAUUGUAUAUAAAUACAAUAGAUUAUUAAUUUGUAUUCGUUAUUAUUUUUAAUUAAUAUUUCGAGGGAAGGGGGUUAUCCCCUCCCGUUAGUACGCCACUGCCUGGUAUCAUUUGAGGUUACAAUUAAAAUUAAAUAAUGUUUUAUGUAUUAUUUACACGUAUAAAACACAAUUGAUAAAAAAAAAAAAAAUUGUGUUUAGAAAAUUGCUUGGUAUCUUUCAUAUAUUGUCAUUUGAUAAGUGAUCCUUAUUUCUUGAAGAAAGUAGACAUAUAUUUAUGUAAAAUCAAUAAACAUUGAUUGAUAAACUAUAAUAAUUAAUGGGGGGGUGAACCUUUUACCCCCCCCCCCUUUUUGAGUACGCUCAUGUAACCAAUACAGAACCUUAAUUAUUGAUCCCUCAAUACCCCUAACAAAUAAUACACAAUAUGGUAUGGGGUUCUUAAAAGGCGUAUGUUUUAACGAACGACCUUAAUAAUUAUUUACGUUUAUAAAGAUAAACAUAUUUUUUAUUAUUCAUUUAAUAACUGUAGUAAUAGGUAAACUACCUAAUGUAGAUGCCAUCUAAUAACAUUAUAUGACAUCUGGUAUAUUAUUAUUUAGGUAGCCGACUGAGUUAAUGAUGAUCCGCUGUAGUUAUGUCUCUUUCAUAUACUGCCGGUUAGGUUAUUCUUAUUAUCGUCUCAUGUUAAGUGUAUUGGAGUCAGACUAUUUUUAAGUCCGAGUCAGAAUUAGACAUAUAUAAUAUUAUCUCUGCACAUACGUGUGUGGGCUUACCGAGUUCCUAUGUUGUAUUUUACGACUAGGUUUGCAUUUUUUGUAUUCGUAUAUGAAGUGGCGUAUUCGACUUAGUUUUAUGGGGGUGAGCGACACUAAAAUUAUUAUACACAAGGUAUAUGCACAAGCUUAUAUUUUACCCUAUUUAUCUUACCAUGAAGUAUUUUUAAUUUUGUGUCUGAUGACACUUUUGAAGCAAAAUUAAAUUUUUGUUUGUAUACAUAGCAAACACCUAAAUAAAUUAAUUUGUAGGGGGAAACUCACCUCAAAUACAUCACUGAUAUGACGUACUUAUAAUAUAAUAAUAAAUAGUAAUGCACUCUUAGGGAUAUCGGUUUUAAAAACUGAUAUUAUUAUAGAAAAAACCGACAAUAUUAUAAUAUGCUAGCUGUCCCGCCGCGCCCGGCGUUGCCGUGACAAUUUGUAUUAUUAUUAUUUUACCCAUAUUCAUUUUUGGUUUUGGCUGUGUUAAAAUUGAAUGAAAACAAAUAUGUGGAAAAUUGGUAGUCCGAAUUCGGUGGACUAGAUGUGUUCUAUUGUGAAAUUUGAAUACUGUAAAUAAUAGCAAUAAUAAUGAUUAAAAUAGUUUUCUUUUCCGUGGCAACCCUUGAAUAAACAAAAAUCUUAUAUAAACAAAACGAAGUCGGGUUAGUUAUACCAUUUAUAACUCAAUACGGCUGGACCGAUUUUGAUGAUCACAUGAUAUUUUCCGACUAAUUUUUAAUAAUAAUUAAUCAUCAUUUUUUUUUCAUUCCUGUUACCGGGGUAACACAAAUUCAUAAAAAAUUAUAUUUAUUAUAUUAUAAGCUAAAUUAUUUGGUGCUAUGCUAGUGUAUAUACAUAUAAGGGAAAAUACUAAAAUUGCGAUUAAAAAAAUAGUGGGUGGGGGUAGGAGGGUAAAAAAUACUCCAUGACCUUUAUUCUUAGAUCUACCAAAUAUACAUAAAAAAUUUCAUGAAAAUCGAUCAAACCGUUUCGGAGGAGUUCAAUAACAAACACUGUGACCGGAGAAUUUUACAUAAAAGAUAUAUACGCACCUACCUAUAGUUAACGAUUUAUUGAUUCCAUACAUUAUUUUUAAUAUAUUUAUUUAUUAAAUAUUACGGAAAUCCAUAUGUAUAGCUAAUAGGUACAUAGAUGGAUACAAAUAUUAUAGAAGUAGUUAUCGGAAUAAAUAUACCUAUGCACAUAAAUUUGAUUUUAUUUACCUAUAGUCUAUGGUAAAAUAAUAUUUUUUUUUGACAUUCAUAUAUAUAUUAUUAUCAUUCAUUCAUUCAUUCAAUAUAUAAUGUAUUAAUAUAAUUCAAUUUUGGUAAUUUAUUAAUUUAUUAACAUGAUUUUAUAAAAAAUGUUAUACUUCUUUUUUUUAUUUUUUUUUUUAUCCAAUUUUAGGAAUAUAAUACUUAAAGAGUACUUAAAAAGUACUUAAAAGAAUACAUAAGAGUUUAAUAUGUCUAAACGUGUUUAUUUUGGAUUUUCUUUCAAAUAAAUUAUAAUGUAUUUUCGUUCAGUAAAAUAUGUAUAUAAUAUAUUAUAAUCAAUAUUCACAAUUUACGAGUUUAUGAAUUAUUAUAUUUACAAAUUAAGAAAAAUAAUUACGAUAAAAGUCGAUGACUUAUUUAUGUCCGCAUUUCAAAGUAAAUAUUAUAAAGAACAAAUAUCAAUCAGGAUGAUUCAUAUUAUAUUUUAUAUAAAGAUAGUAAUAUUUUUACAAAAUAAUCGACUAAAUAUGUUACGAAAGUAAAUAUUUAUUUAUAUUAUUUUUUGUGCAAAUAAAUAUUCGGUAUUUGAAUAAACAUAUAUAUAUAUGUAUAUAUUUUUUUCAUUAAGGCUAUAUUACAAUUUUUAAAUCUAAUCAAUUUGAUUUUUAAACUAAAAAUCUUUAGAAUAAAAUUUAAAUGUCGAAUACCUAUAUAUUUUUUGUUUACUUAAACAAUUGAAUACACACUUAAUACUAUAAUAAUAAUAGUAUAAUAUUAAACAUUUGCUAGUAGUUGCUAAUAUUUGAUAAUUUUGUAUUUUUAGAUUCCGAGUGAGCGUGGAAAGCGUGUGCGUGUUUAUUUUUCUCGGAUUUAAUAGAAGUAAAAAUUUCCUGAUUUGUUCAUGAUAUACCUCAAAAGUUAUAUGUUUAUUUCGUUUGGUUGUACUUUAUUUGAACAAUUAUUGUUCAAAAUUCCGAAUACUUUUUACUAAAAAAUUAAUACAAAUCCUACAUCAAAUAUCGUUGAUAUUUAAGUUUUAUUUUUGUUGAUUUCCGAGUUACCGUGGUUUUGAAAUGAAAAACAAUAAGACUUAUAUAAUUAUACUAGUACUAUACUAUACUUCCCAGGUUACCAAGCUCUGCUCAAAAUCGUUUAUACUGCAUUGCAGAUGAUACCUAUGCAUAAUUCGUGUAGCUUUAUAAACAAAAUAGUUGUUUUUCACUAACACCUAAAAAAAAAAAAAAAACUCUACUUAUCCGACCUUCCUAUAAUAUACAAGUGACUGUUUUAAAAUUAAAUUCGUCUGUAUUAUUAAAAAAUAUUUUUGUAUUCGGCACGCACUUAGUGUGUUUUUAUAUUUAACAAGUCUGAUUUAUUUUUGGACACAGUGAUGUCAAUGCGUUGCCAAAGAAAAACACUUAAUGACACGUUGAUCCAUACACAUAUGUGUUAAAAAAUAUAUGUUUUAAAUGUUUUAAUAAUGGAUUAUUGAAGUUUAUUCUACUUUUAUACUGUACGAUUUAUACAAUAUAUAUAAUACAAUACGAUGGACUUUAUUAUUUUCAUAAUUAUUUAUGGACGGUUUUUAAUAACUAUAAGUAUAAAGAAGCGGUUAAAAAAAAAAUAUCUCUAAAAAAAACUCGGAAGUUAUUGAUUACGUCGAGGGUUUAAAAGGUUAAGUAAAUAAGGGGGAAAUAUUUUUUAUACUCGAUAAUAAAAGUCUACAGUUUUCAGUAUUAAUUAUCAUAUUAUAUAUUAUUCAUUUUAAUUCUAAGAGUACCUACCUGUCUUAGGGUUUUUAAUUUUAAUUACUAAAUCAUAAAAUUAUAAUAUUACUGUAGUUAGAAUAAUUAAUAUAGAUUACAUAUAGUGGAUUUUCUUGUAAUUAUAUAAUAUUAUAAUAUAUAUACGUAUCUUUCGUUGUAAUAAAAUCGGGUAAAUGUUAUUGCAUAAUUUGUUCUAUAGGUAAUAUUCAAAAAAAAAAAUCCAUAUUAUAUGAGAAUUUACAGGCAAAUCAAAUAAUAUUAUUUUUAGGAUUCUAUCCCAAUCGUAAUAUUAUGUAAAACAUAAUUGUUCUGUUCGUACUAUCAUGAUAAUUUGCGUUUAAUAAAAUAUUUGUGAAUUAUAACCAAUGCUCACUCAUGUUAAAAUUAACAUACCUAUAUAGUUUAAAAUAAUAAUAUUUUCUUUAAAAUUAAAACGAUCUCAAAAAAUAUUUGAUUUGGUAAAUUUUAGAGUGUUCGUCUAUUCAAGGUAAAUUGCCAAAUAAAUUUUAUCGCCCUCGUAUUUUUUUUUAACUCAAUUCAAGGUUAAAACAGUACAUUUUCUUAAAAAGCAAAAAAUUUCCCAUUUUAAUUAAUUUUUGUUUUGUAGACGAGAUAAUUAUAAUUACUGCGACUAUACUGUCUAAUUUUUUUUUAUGUAAAAAUUAAUUAUUCCUAAAUUAGAAUUAACUAAAACUAUGGAAAUUACACGACAGUAGACAGAACUAUUAAAUUAUUGUUUAUGAAUAAUUAUUUAACUAUAUAUAUAGUGCAUCAGUAAUAUUUUUAUGUUAAUAUAUUUUUUUUUUUUACCAAUGUGAUACGUCUGUGUUUAUAGACUAGUCAGUAGUAGGUUGUAAUUAAGAUAGGAUGAUGAUAAACGUCGUUUUUUUUUCUAAAAACACUCAUACUAUUAUACUUUAAACCCUUUUCUUUUAUACAAUUUUCAUAAUUUCAAAAUAAUACAAUGAUUUAAAGAUGCUAAAUCGAAUUUAGUAUACUUUCUACCAAUUCGCUACUUACCUAAAAAGUGUAUGCAAAUCAAUCAAAUACUUUAGAUUUUUAUAUUUCUAUAUUUACUCUAAUAUUUUUAUUUUUAUCAUUGUACGAUAGACCAUGCAUCCAUCUAUCCUAUUUAUAAAAUAUAAUAACACUCUACAAAUGUUAAUGAGUCAUCAAAUAAUAUCAACACCUACCCACGCACCGACCCUUUUAAACUCAUUUAAACCCCUAGCAACACAAAUCCCUAUCUUCACGCUACCCAUGGAUUAUAUUGUAAAUCGAUUAUAUAUUCUGAUGGUAUUAAAUGAGGCGAACACUGAAAAACUGAUACAAAAAUAUACAAUAAAUAUUUAUAACUUGUUUAUGAAAAAUAAAAUAAUUCAGCGAUUCGUUAUUUUCGAAAGUGUAUAAAUCUAGGACAUCAUAUUUGAGAAUUAACAUUUUUUUUUUUUUUUUUUUUUAUGUUUUUAAACCCCCGGAAAAUACAAUAUAUAUAUAUAUAUAUAUUAGAAUUAUAUCACGUAUACUUAUACUUACAUUUUAAUAAAUAUUUAAUCAGUAUGACGUUUUCAGUCGUUGUUUGUAUUUAAAUAAUUUAAAAAAAAAAAAUGUACAAAAAAUACGAUCUGUACAUUUAUAUUAUAUUACAAUGUAUGCAUUGUACUGCAUGGUCAUUUUAUUUUUCGUGACUGUCAUACUAAAUUUUGUUAGUCAAUCUGUAUGUUGUUUAUUUGAAUAAGGUUAAGAUUAUAUUUGGGUCAGCUUUGUAGUGACAACGUACAUUUUUCGAACGGAAAUUAUUUUUUUUCAUUUCGAUUUAUUGCGAUUUCCUAAUCGAGAUGUAAUUAAUUAAGAGUAUACCACCGAACUAGUAAUAUUUAAUAAUUGUAACUCACAAUUUGUGAGCAUUUGAAGUCUAGAAAAGAGGAAGAAUACCUACCCAUUAGAUUAGAAAUUCAUAUGAUUGUGGACCUAUUUAUGUAUAACAUUUAUCUGUCUAUAUUUCUCCUCACUUCACUUUUACUACUCAUUUUAUUAUAUAUUUCAUCGCAUUUAAAAAGUUCAUUAAAUUAAUUUGAAAUAAUUUUAAAAUAUACGAACGUUUAUUUAAAACAAAAAAAAAGGGUAUUUAAGUAUUCUUUGUGGUAAUAAUUUGUGGUAAUAAAAAGGAAAUGAUAAAAUUAUUGAUAUAUGUGUUGAAUUAUGAUUGUAACGAUGUAUUUAAAACACGUUUCACAGUAAAAAUUCAAACAGCUUUUCAUGUUUUAUUUCGUAUAAAUUAUGACGUGUCUUGUAUAUGGCCUAUGAAUAUACCUACAUACGAAACUUUUCGAUCGUUAUUGUUAUAGGUAGUUGGUACCACUCCAAAAAGUACUUCCUCAUUGUCCUGUAUAUUAUAUGAACAUGAAUCGCGUAAAAGUGAUAAUAGGUAUUAGGAGCUUAGAAUAAUAUUUUUUAGCUAUGGUAUUACAUUAACGUUGAAUAUUUGAAAAUACAAUUUUGCAUCACAAUGUGUUAAAAUAAUCCGACGUGGGUAUGCGUGUUAAAACAUGUCCUCAAACCUCUAAAAUAUGUAAUGUAAUAUGUAAUUUGUUAUUUUUAUAUUUAUAGUAAAGGGCCUGUAGCGUACGACCUGUUUUUUUGUCACUCAAACACGAGAUUAACAUGCUAAACAGUGUUAUGUCUCGUAAAGUGAUCCGAUGUACAGAGCAUUUUUCGUGCUGUUGUAAACAGGAAAACUUUCUAUAUUGAUUCGAUUUUUGAUUAUGUAACUAAAAAUACCACAAAAAAAAAAAAAAAAAGAAGAAAAGAUGAUCGAAAUAGGUUCACUCUAAAUUAGUCGUUAAGAAUUUUUCCUAUGUGAAAAAUAUUUUUGAGCCGAAAAACGUCCCAUCUUCCCCCAUAAUUUUCGUAGGUAUAUUUCCGUCAUCGGUAUUUUGAACCGUCGCAUCGUCCGUUCAAAGCAGCAGGAUAUUAUUUGCAGGUAGAAAAUGAACGUUUAAUAUUAUUAUAAUCAAAUCGGAAAUAAACUACUUUUACAUUAGGUAGGUAUACACACACCUCGAUUACCACGCGAUUGUCGGUUUAUAUUUUUUGAAUAACUCGUUAAUGUGCGGUAUUUUUUGGUUGAGAACGUUUGCAUAAAUUAUAUUCCGACGUGUUUGGCAACCUGCUAUUAUGGAGGUAUAGCGGUUCGUUACAUUAUUAUUGUAUAUAAAUGACGAAUUAACAUUAUCGAAAAUCAUCGGUAUAGACUGAACUACCGCGAAACGGUUUUUUUUAUUAUUAUAAUUGAGAGACCCGACAGUCGUGUGUACGGUUUUACAUUUUUAUUAUUAUUAUUUUUUUAAUUAUACAUAAUAACUAUAAUAUAGUUCUAUAGCAAAUAUGCUAGGAGUUCAAAGAGUCGUGCAAUACGUUUUCGCGGACUAAACAAAAAAUGUCGUUUGAAUCCCAAGAAUUAUAAUACUGAUUAUUAUUAUUAUUCUUUUAUUAUUUUUUUUAUUAAUAACCAUAAGCAAGUUUAUAAUCGGUUUUUUUUCGUUUACCUAGUGUAACAUAUGUCGAGUAUGUUUGUGGUAGGUAUGGUUUCGUAUCUUUCAACAAAUUGCGUAGUACAGGUAUUAAAUAUUAUUUCAACUAAGCCCUUACGAAACGCCGACGAGAAUAGUUAACGAAAACUAAAUAACGACAUAUUUCAAAAGUAUACAGGACAUACAUAAUAAUUAUUUUCUCGUAAAACCCUUUGUAUGUUCUUCUGCUUUUUUUAAAACACGAACCAGCAAAAAGUAUAAAUUCAAUUCAUUUUUUUUGUCUAAUAUAAAUAUAAUAAAAAAGACGGGCAACAUUGGUAUUAUCGUUUAAAAUGAUAACACCAAAGUCGGCUAUCUAGUUGUUUUAUAUAUCUGUGUGGAUGGGUUAUCUAUGCUUAUUAUACGGGAACGAAUAUGAAAAAAAAAAAAUUAUAGAGUCGUCUUAACAAAAAUAAAUAACAGUAUUGGGAAAUGAUAAUUUAUUUAUCAAAACAAUUGAUAAAUGAUAUUAGAGUAUAGUGGAUUUAAUAAAUCAAUAACAUAAUAACAGUAAAAUCAAUUAUAACAAUAUAAUUUAAUAAUUUUUUUUAUAACUAUAAAUCACAGAACAUAUCUUGUGAUAAUUCCUCGGCCAGAGUGAGGGAGGCAUCGAGGCAGUCCAUCUCUCUUUCCCAUUCUGACACGUUUCCCUCUAUUUUGUUUUGGCCUAGCCAUGGCCUAUCCAUUCUUUAAUGGCUAUAGGCAGAUCGCACGUCGUAAAACGUACAUCGUCAACAACCGGUAGAUACCACGCGUUGGACCAAUGCCUUCGUUUUCAUCUGGUACGGAAUCGGUGUGUACAUUUAUUCGUCCAUUAUUCGGUACGUAGGUAAUCGGUUUUCCGCAGAAAAAAAAAAAAAAAACAUACAUUCUCGGGACGGUAUAUCACAUUAUAUUAUAUUAUUAUUCGGGGGGCAGUCGAGUGCACUACAGUAUUAAUGUCUGUGACGGUUUCACGCGUCACGUGUUAGUUAUUUGGGUAUCGCGGAGACGCAUGUGGAGUGUAACAUUGUAAUAAUGAGCACAAUAUGUCACGUUGUCACCGGGAUAAUACGGUAUUAUCGGCGUACCGAUCGGUGUGUGUGUGUGUGACUCGCCGCGCGAAACGGGCGAAAUUGCCCCCGGUGAGUCGGCGGCGGCGGCGGCGGCGGCGGCGGUAACCCGCGCGCGGGCAGUACUGGGGGCGGCGGCGGCGUCGUCGUCGUCGUCGUCGUCGACGGGGUUGAUAAACCAAAACAUCGGCACGCGGCGCGGUCCGACCGUCGGAGGUGUGACAAUAUUUAACAAUAACAACAACAACAACAACAACGACACCGCCGACAUUGCGACCGUAAUGACAAUAAUUAUCGUUAUUGUAGUCGACCGACGCGCGGUCGCGCGCUUCUCGAACGCCCGGCCUCACGCGUGUAUUAUUGUGUACGAACAUCACAAUAUUUCCACGGCGUAACACUGACAAUUUUACAAUCGUGUCCGACGCACGCACACAGCCUCGCUCGCCGGUCCGUCGUCUGCGUGGUUUUCGGCCGGCGCGCCGUUGUUUUUCGCGUGGUUACCACGGUCACCGCCGCGUGACCGUUCCGUUGCGAUUAUCGCGCGGAUUGUGACUCCGCUGUCGUCGCCCGAUCCGGCCGGUUUUCGAUAAUAAUAUUUCGAUACCGACUCUAUUCGCCGUCGUGUUCCGCGCGCGCGCGCGCGCGCCCGCCGUCGGUCGCCCGUUCCAUUUUGUACACCGUAACUCGGCUAGUCUCGUCCGGUCGUCGUCGUCGUCGUCGUCGUCGUCGUCGCCGUCGUAGCGUUGUUGUUGUUGAUUCGAUCGCAGAACAGGUGGUGUGCGUGCGUGAGUGCGUGUUGAAUGCGUGUGUAUAGCGCGAGCGUUUAUACCGCACGUGUAGCGAGCACCGGCGAUCGCUCCGGCAGAAUUCGUUCGUGUCUCGUCGCCGCCGCCGCCGUCGUCGUCGCAACGCAGCGUUGUAUAAUACACUAUUACUAUAUUAUAGUGGCGGCAGUAGUACCGUCGCCGCUCGCACCGUCCGUCCGUUCUCCGAGCGCGUGUAUCGUGUGUCUGGUGUGUGUGUGUGUGUGUGUGUGUCUGUCCGUGUGCGUGUGUGUGCGCGCGCGCGCGCCCCGUUCGUUUCGAUCGGUGUCGUCCCCGGGGGCCGUGGGGGUAUCUCGUAUCAUAACAUUGCCGUACCGCCGUCGCGUGGUGUGUCCGCACCGUGACGUCGCAACAAUAUUAUCGCGUUCAAAACACGAGACUUUUUAAUUGUUUUUUUUUUUUUUUUUCCUGUAAAUAAUACUACACGUUAGUAUCCGCGUUACCUCGUGGUUUUUUUUUUCUUCUCCAAACACAUUUUCAUUCACCAAUCCGCCGUCGCCCGGGUCCCAUUGAGGAAAAACGCACUACGAGACUACUAGGUACGCCGCCGCCCGGUAUCGUGUGAGUACCAAUGUGCAAAUAAUUACGGGUCCUGUUCGCGGGUGUAUUUUUUACAAACUCUGAUCGUCGCAAUCGCGAAUCGCGAACGUUUACAAUGUAAUAUACUAGUCUUCCAUAAAUCUCAAUAAGUGUAAGUCCGGUCGGUGGGAAUGUAGGAUCACGAUUGCCGGUUGUUUUUAAUUUUUUCGUGCUCGAAACAUUAUGAUUUAUAUCGGUGGCGGAGACGUGGUAAAUAAUAAUCGUGAUUUAUGAACAACUCGUACAAUCUCCUAUUGUUAAUCGACCAACUCGACAACGAGCAGUGACGGAUCUAGGAUUUUUUAGUUUUUCGAAAGGGGCCCCCAAAGUUUAUACAUAAUAGUAUUAAACGUGAUAAUAAUAAUAAAAAAAAAACCGCCUUAUUGUAGUAUUGUAAAAAAAAAAAAAUAAUGAGUAAAAUGUAGUAUUAAUAGUAGUAAAAAUUAUAAUUAAAAAUAUUUGUGCAUACGAAAUUGCGUAGUAAGUAACAAGAAUAUUAUUAUAAUGAUUGUAAACGCCUAGGAGUGUUUUGGUGAACAAAUCUUCCGGUUUCGCGUUAAUUUCGUUAUGGAUGUUCAAUAAAGCUAUAGCGCCUACUGCUAGUAGAAAAAGUAAAAAGUAAAAGAUGACAUAUUUGGGAAAAUAUGAAUUUCCGGUCUUAUUAAAUGCUUCUGUAACCGUACUGAUUUGUUUACGUUUUUUUUAAUCUAGACGUUAAGUCAAUAUAGAGGUGGGGCCGGGGCUCUCUGGGCCAUACCCUUAAAUCCGCCGUUGACAUUGAGAAUAGUUGUUUAAAACCCGAAUCCAAUCAAGCCAAUUUUCGUUCCAUAAAUCGCACCUCCCCCUAAUAAUCAACAAUGCAGGACUCAUGCAGGACUUGGAUCAGUACCUACCUAAUCAAUCAACCACACACAACAAAACCUUUGGCGUUUAGAAAUAUAAUUGUCGAACUCCGAGUACUUCAAAAAAAAAAAAAAAGGUAAAAGGGAUUUUUUGUCUAAAACGUGUGGUUUUGAGCAAAAUGUCGGAAAAAAAAUUGGAUCGCGUGCAGGUCCCUUUAACGGGGACGGGAUUUACACAAGGUAACAUUGAUUAGCUAUAGCUUUUGGACUUUGGACCCGGUGACGUCAUUUGGCAGGGGCCGGGGAGAAAUUUGCCCCUCUCCUUAUCAUCGGCGGGCUGCUGUCAGGCUGGGGUCGGGCUAGUUAGUUUUGGGCACCAAGCCUGGUAAACAUGAUUCAUGUCAUUAUGUUUUAUGAUUCACGUUGCACACGACCACUCUGAACUACAUUUGUUUACGGUUUGUUUGCGAUAAUAAUUGUGACAAGUGUGAUAAUUGUAUAAUAUAUUUUUUAUUGUGCUUUUUUAAUUUUUUACAUUGAUUGCACUUCAGCUCAAAUUACCGGGCUCUCAUAAGAGCCUGUGCAAAUUGUCGGAGAGUCUAUUCUGAUUUAAUCCAUGAUUCUAUCGAUCCGUCUAUCCUACGGUUAUACUAACGCUCACGGUGACAUGUCUAUAUUUUUCGUAAAUACACGUGCACUCCUUACAAAUUGGUCAUACAUUGCGAUAAAAUUCGUCUUCAAAUGAAAUCUCCGUAAAGUAGCCAAUGGGUAAUAUAUUUAGGUUUUCAUCUACGUUGAUAUUUAUUAUUUAGCCAUUGUUGUCCGUCAAAAAAAUUGGGUUGUGCCUAUGAUAGUGAGUAUAAAAUGAUGUACUAAGGAUAUCGUGGUAAAAAUGUAAUUGUGACGAAUGUGGUGGCUAGCGAGCGGAACGAGCUGUUUUUUUUUUUUUGUUCGGUUUUACUACGGGCUGGUGAAAAAUUUUAUUACCCCAUCCCCCUCUCUCAAAAACUAAUGACGCCACUGUUUUGACCGUUAAACGAUACACAAGACCGAGAUCGACUUGAUACCGAAAUAUAUUGUUUUGGAGCCAUAUAACAGUCCAUUUCAAUACCCCCCGGGUACCUAUAUUAUUUUAAACGUAACAAUAAUACCGUCGGGCGGGUUUCCGUUUUUUGUACGAAAAUUACGAAUUCGUUUGACUUUUUUAUAUUUUAGCGUUAUAUUAUGAUUUUUGUUUAUGUUUUUUUUUGUUUUAUCAAUGAUAUUUUUUUAUGUAUCGGGGUUUCGUCGUUGUUUGUUCAGAGAUCGCGGUCAACCGCGAAACGCCGCGGAUCGUGGGUAUGAAAUGUUCUUGGGAAAAAACAAAAAACGUAAACACCACGUGCGUCCGUGUAUACUUAGGUAAUGUAUUCGGUUUAUUUUUUUAUCUCACUUUUUCCGUUCGGAUAUUUGUAUUCUUCGUUUAUUAAUAUUAAUAUUAUCGCUACGCGUUGCGUGUCGUAAUGAAAAAUGGUUUUUUUUUUUUUGUUACUGUAAUUCUUUUCCUUUCCCUACCGUCGAGCGUAUUUUUAUCGCGCAAGUAUAUUGGACACCACGUGUUUACGAGCGUGUGAAUGGCGGAUCGUUUGUGGCGACGACGACAACGAUUUCGAAAAUGUCAAUAAUCUGCCGCAGUACGUGCGUAGUUCCGCGGUCUACUAAAUAAUAUUAUUAUUAUUAUGCACUUCUGCAGCACAAUUAAUGCGCGUUCUGUUGUUUUGCCUAGUCGUCGUCGUUUUUAUUUAUCGCCAUUCUAUUUUGAUAGCGACUGUAAAAUAACAAUAUUAUUAUUUUGUCGCGUUCGCGUUUUCGCGUGUGCAUAAGUGCUAGCCGCGGCCGCGGGGGGGGGAGGGGAAGGGGGAGAAAAACACCAAAAAAAAAAAAAACCAUCCCACAACGUCAACAGUCGGCCACUGGUAUGCGGUACAGUGAUGGUCAAUCUCCGUCGACCAGAGCGUCGGUCUGGUCGCGCGUUUUAUUUUCAAUUGUUAUUCGCAACACCCCGAUAACACGUACGCAAUACGCAUUGUCGGCGUACGAUUCGUCCAGGACUUUCCGUUUUUCCGCGUCUCUUAUCUGAUAUUAACGAUAUUGUUAUCGCGUGCGCGAGGGCGAUGCGCACGCACGCGCCGCCGGCCCGUUCCGCCUAAAUAAUAAUAAUAUUAUUGUUUUGGUUUUACUGCGUGCGUGGUGCGCGGCGCGCGCGUUUUUUUUUCACCUGUCCGUAAACAACUUUUCCGCCGGACACCUCGCUCCGGUUUUCGCGUUCGACGUAGCCGCCGAUGACGGCAAACUCGUCCAAUCGGGUUCGCCGGGGCCGGCCCGCGGCCGUUUCCGUUAUUACACUAGUCGCGUUCCCCAAUCAUUCGCGGCGAAAUUCGGCGAAGAAAGUGAGAUAAAUUUUUAUAUACAAACACAUCAUUCCGAAUGAACAUUACCUAGAAAGCUAUUCACACGAUAUGAGUUUAUGGCGUGUAUCUGCAAAAACAAUAAGUACGAGAAUACGGUUUUAGGACACAUAUUUUUCCUGUUUAAAAAAGAGGAGAUAGUUAUGACUUAUUCUAAGCAUCUAAAUUGAAGAAUAUUUGAAUAAUUGCAAUCGGUGGCGUGCAUAUCCAUGCUUAUGUAAUUAUGAUUAUCAUCAUGUGGCAUAUGUAUCAUACGGAGAAUUUUUCUAGACCCGCUUUGUGGAAUCAUGUUAAAAACAGAUAACAAAAUUAAAAUAAACGGAACCUUAGCACCUCGCUUAACACUUAUUGAAAACCAACUUAUCGAAUAUGGUGGCGUCUCAUGAAUCCAUAAAAUUAAUUUUGGUCAUUCCUUCCUUAUGUUAAGACCAAUUAAAUUUCAUAGAGUAAAUUUUGUUUUUAGAUCACUAAAUAGUAAAUAUUAUAAUAUUUUAUUAUCAUUUAUAUUGUAAUUACAGAAUUUGUGGUUAGUAUUGCUUUUGUGUUAAAAAAAAAAAAAACUCCAAUUCGUUAAUUGGAUGUUUAAAAAAAUUAACUAUAAAAUGUUAAAUUUAUACAUUGAAAACUUAAACUCAUUAAGUUAAUAAGUUAACAGUACAAUAGUUUUACAGAUAUGUAAAUAAUGUCAAUAAAAUAUUAUAGGUAAAUUAAUUUUAAGUUAAUUAAUAACAUAUUUAUUAAUUACUUUUAUCAGUGUACAGUGCUCAAGCAUUAGAUUCAUCUUUUGUUUUUUUCUAUAAUUAUUAUUAUCUGUUAAGAGGCUACUGUAAUAACCACUUUUUUUUUUUAACAACAUACUGUUACUUACACAAAAGUUCUUGAAGCAAGUUAAUUUUUUCAGCAAUAAAAACUUUUGAUUUUUUUCUCAUUAUUUGUUGCAUUCAACUCGAUAUUUUUCGUGUUAUUAUUUAUUUUUAUAUUUACGUAAUACUACUAAGUAACAUCGAGUAACGAACAUCGCGAGGUUAUGAAUUACGCAAUAUAAAAACGAAUAAUGGUGUCCGUAAAUGGUAUUUGAUAAAAAUAUACUUACUGAUAACAAUAUUAAUGUAUAAUAUAAUCUCCCUGAUAUUGUACAGAAAUAUUUUUAUUUAAAAUUAUUCUUAGUAAAAACUUAAUACCGUUUAUAAAUACCAUUUGUGAAUUUGUAAUGCCUAUUUACGUAUUUACUUAGUCAAGUUAAAUGUGAGUGAAAUUUUAGCGUCGUUUAUAAAUUUACUUGUUUACUAAUUUACUUUACUAAUUUCCCAAUGAUUAACAAAAUUUCCUGAAAAGUUACCAAAGAUUUUCAUGAUUGCCAAAUAUUUGUACACUGAUUUCCGUUAAUGAUUUACCCUCUGGUAUUUAUAAUGGGAGAAAAAAAAACAGGAUAGCGAAUUUUCCGUUUUUUUUUUUUUAUACCUAAUGCAAGACAUAUAAAACAAUAUCAACGAUGUUGAGUUUCGUUUCGAAUGCGGAUUAUUAACUGCGUUAUUGGUAUUAUACCGAUUCUAUUUUGCGUCAUUAUUAAUUUAUCGUUCUAGUUUCGAUCUAAAUUUAUACGGUGACCAUUGAAUUGGCUCUCAAUAUUAGAUAAAAUACCUCAUCGCACAUUGAAUUGGCUCCCAAGAAACUAAAUAUUGAAUUGGCUCCCAAUAGAAGUUUUACCAAAUGGUUCUCAAAAUAUGAAGUGGUUCUAUAAACAUCAAAGUGGAAAAAGUACGAGACUUUAAUAUUUUUAGUUCUAAAUAACUGCUGGGACUUAUCUAAUCUUUAAUUCGAUAACGCAUUAAACAGUCACAACCAUCGUAAUUUUACAAUUUAACUAUAAUUUAACUACUAAUUUCACUGAUAUCAUUCGUUGCAGUUCGUCACAAUUUGUUGCGAUUCGUCCCUCUAUAGGUAUGUAUAAAAUUAAUUCGGUCGAAAAAUGAAUUCAUUUUAAUAGUAAAUAAUUUUAAAUUUACCUAACAUAAACCGCUCCAAAAUGCAUUAUACGAUUCUAAUGUACUAAAUUUUACAAUUUUGAUGAUCCAUAAAAUGUAAUAUUUUAAAUUAUUUUAAUGUAUAAUUAUGUCGAACAAUUUUUACAACCAAUGGAUUUAUAAAAUAAAUGCUGAGGAAGCCAACUCAAUACAUAAAUCUUGGGAGCCAAUUUAAUAGCUCCGAUUUAUACAUACCUACGUACAUACAUUGUUGUCGCGUGUCAACCGACAGAUAAGUAUCUGCUUAGUGUUUUGUUACACAACAAUGAUAUUCAUAAACGAUUGUACACGUAUUAUAGGUAUCCAUAAAAAGUACAUGACGUAUGUGUGAUCAGUGUUGGUUGAAAUUUUCGAAUUUUUACCGAUUAGCGCGAAUGCUUACCACUCAUCUGUGUCACGUGUGAUAUAAAUUUGCGUAUUUGACAUUCUUAUUUGGUAAUAAUAUAGUUUAACCGGUUAUUAUUAUUAUUUUUUUCGUUUCUGAGUAUAACGAAGAAACUAUUAACUUUGCGAAGAUAUGUUUUUUAUCCUCGGGAAAACGCUUUUACGGUUUGUAAAAAUGUUUCGGUAUUGUUGUCAUACAUUAUAAGACGCGAUUUUUUGGCCCACAAAGAUUUUAUUUAAAACAUUUUUUCGAAAUUCCUAAUACUCUUUUUUUUUUUUUUUUUCUUAACAUUCGGUUAGGCGAAUGAUAGAAAUAUAUCCUUCACAAUGUUUGAUGUUAAUAUUUAAAAUGCGUAUGCAUAUUUCGCAAAAUUGUCUAGGUUAUUUAGGAAUUCGAUUUUCAAUUUUCAGUUUUUGUAUUUUAAAAUUCUGUAAAAUAACCAUAUUAUGUUUGUAUUUAUUUUCUAUGCAUCAAAAUUCACAUCGUUAUUUUGGUUUAUAGCUGAAAACAUAAUUCAAUAACUGAAUAAGUAUAAACUAUCGUACCCUUUUCUCCUUAAAUUGGUAUUGAGCAAUCGAUCCUUGGAAAAAUCUUAUCAUUAAGUUGAUCAUUAAGAGAUAAAAAAUAUUUUUUAUUUUUGUUAGUAUGGUACUCAAGUAAAAUUUAAAUAAAUCUCGUAUUAUAACAGCGAGGUGUUAUAAUAAAUGUGUAGUUUCCAAAAUGUUCGGAAAGGUUAAAAAACCUAAAAAGGUUAAACGGUUAAAACGAUUUUAAAAAACCAUAUUAAACAAUGACUCCGUGAACCUCUUUAGAUCUUUUGAGUUCUGUUCGCCUUUGUUCAUCGCCCCGUUGAAUAUUUUACAUUUUCUAAUUUUAAUUUAAAAUUAUUUCUUAUAUUUUUAACUUAUCGCUGUUUCCAGUCUAGCGAAUCGCAAAAAUCCAAAAAUUUGUUUUUUAUUAUUGUAAAACAUAUCGCGUUUAUAAAAAAAAUCGCAUGGGCUGCAAAAACGAAAACUUGUUAUCGCUCCUUCCACCCCUGUUAUUUGUAAAUUUACCUGAACGGUGACGAAAUUGCAGGUUUCCCCCUUAAAAGGGGGAAAGCAAUGUACUUUUACACGUGACGGGAACUCUCGUUAGUGUAUUAUAAAAAAAGAAUUGAAAAAAAAAAAACCCAAAGAAAAAAAACGCGGUAAAAGUAUAUAUACGAGCUCCGAUCGCUUUUUUUAAUAUAAUGCUCGGAUUUUUUUUGAAUUGAAAUGGUACCAUAACAGAUUAUAAUAAUAGUUACAAUUAAACAAUAUUAUUUUAUAAUAUGCUCAUUAAUAAAUCGGAUUUAUGCAAAAUAUUUAACGGGCGUAGUGGGGGGGAGGAAACAACAACAAAUCGAAGGUAAUGACCUUAGAUUUGAACAUUGCCUAUCAUAUUACGAUAAUGCGUACGAGAUGCGCGCGUAGGCACUUUUGUUACGCUCAACAAUGUUUUGUUUUUGUUUUGUUGUUUUUGUUAUCGAUGAACAGAGGUACGCACAAUACAUCCAAUAAUAAUAUUUAAUGACUACUUAUUGAGCGCACGGCCAAAUUCGAAUGGUUAUUUUACCUACUAUAAUAUAUUUGUUAGGUGUUUAAAAUAUGUAUUUUUUUUCGCUUUAAUAUGUUUUGUCUAGACCAAUUUAAAUAUUUUCAUGUCAUUUAUCGAAAUUCGUAGCAAAAUUUAGCUUUCUGCAUUAAACCACGUAAGCAAAUCGUGAAGUGUACGUAAAUUAAUACGUACGUAAGUCAACCAACUAAAUUGUACAUUGGCUACGGAUUAUUAUGGACGCAAAACGUUAUUAUUUCGUACAAAUCGAGAUAAUUAUUUCUUUUAAUUUGUGUUGUUUUAUUUGAUAACAGAUAUUAAUAUGUUGUUUAUUUAUUUUAAUCGGUAGACGUACGCCAAUCGGCAUACAAUUCGUGUCUUGUUUGACUUUAUCACUGUCAAUAACAGAUUGGUAAACAUUGUUUGACCAGCAUAUUAUUAUUACAGUGGCGAUCUUUGACAAUAAUUUCGCGGAGUUAGCUAUAUCGUCCACAGUUUUUAUUUAUCGAAUACCUUUGGUUUAGGCGUAUACCACUAUAGGUACGUAUUGAUAAUGAAUUAUCCUACCUGUGGAGCAUUUGAAAAUUAUAACUUGACGUAUAAGACUUGUGUCAAUAUUCUCAAUACUUCGAUUAAUAGCAGGUACCUAGAUUAUAAAACACUACGGUGCAACGAUGGAGAUAACCCGUACAAAUAUAUUUAAAUCAUUCCGAUACGUGCGGGUUUUGUUAUUCCGUUUCCGAGAGCGUGUUUUUUCUUUUCAAAAUGCUGCAAUUAUAUAGAGUAUAUAAUAACAAUGUGCUUAUAGAUAAAACCAAUACUUUAACAACAAUUAGACCUCUAACGUGUAUAAUAAAAGUAUUAAACAGGAUUUUUUUUCACGCCCAUUGAAAUUAAUAUUGCAUAAAUCAUGAAAGCAUUUAAUUUAAUUGUUUACCUAUUCGUUUUAGAUUCGGAAAGUAGCGAGGGAUCUAUUGGUUUUAGUAGGACGAGCGUUAUCUUUUUGCUGUCUGUAAACAACGUUUCAAAAAGAGAACUUGCCUCGAUGUAUCAAGUGUAUCACUUUUUCUGAAAGGAAAUUGUAUCCUGUUGGUGUAUUAAAGAGGUCAUUUUUUGAUUUUCCAAGGGGUUUCCAAAAUAAUUGGGAUAAAUUGGAUACAAAAUUAUAGGCAAAAUGACAAAUGUUUUUUAAAAGUAUUUUUUUUUUUUUUUUUUAAUUUUCGGGUAAGUGACUUCAAAAAAUGUUAUCAGGUUAUUAUACUGCGAGUACAACUAAGUUUAUUCAAAGGAACUAAAGUCUAACCUAACCUAUUGGGGGCGGGAGAGCCCGUGACCGUAUUAUAGUCGUCGUUAGCAGACGGCACGGCGUUCCUUUUAUAGUUAGAAGAAAUUUCUGUUCCUGUAUCAAUUAACAUUUUCCGCACUCUUAGUAAAUGGCGAACAGCUUCGUUUAUAAUAUCGUAGUCGGCUAUCUAGUUUGUUUAUAUAUCUGUGGUUGGAUUACAAUUUAUAACAUAAAACAAUUUUCAGCAAUCGUUUUAAUUUUAUACAUUGGUGUUUUGUUAAAAUCAAGUGAAUAUGAAAAAGGUGUCCUAGAAUAAUGGGGUUUUAUUAUUAUUACAGAGAAGUUUAUUUAUUUAAAAUAAAGAAAGUUCUUCUGUACAAUCAUAGUUCAAAUGCUCCUAACUUUUCCAAAAUUGUUUUGGUUAGGGUCCACGUUUCCGUGCUAUACAGAAGAGUUGAGAACACUAACAUCUAAGGAAUCGUAUAUCCUUAUGUUUAAGGAUAGGUUGUGGCUCUUGAAUGCUGCACUCAUUGAAUUAAAUACACUUUUGGCUUUUCCAAUGCGUAUAUACACACAUACAUACGUAAAUAUUAUAUAAAUUAGGUCACUCUAUAUAACAUUAUUGUACCUUCCCAAUAAAAGUUUCACAUUCAUCAGCAGUACAUAUCAGAUUGCUUUCCCCACUUCUUCGAGUUAUGCUCGAAAACUUUCACACCGUACCAUUGAAAACUUGAGGUUUAUCCGCGUGGUGGUAUUUUAUUGAAACAUUUUGCCAGAUUCCCAAGUGUUUAACCACUAUAACCGCUACUUUUGAAUACACUUACAAUUUGAUUUAGGAAUUGUACUUUUAAUAAACUUUUUCUGGUAUAUAGUAAAACCGCCCAGAAGUUUUGUUCUCAAUUUAAUUUAUAAUUAUACAUUUUGAAAACUUGAUAUUUAGUUAAUAUUAUUUAUUAGAUAUUCACACAUUUUUGCAUCCGAGAUUAAAUGUUUGAAAAAAUUCGUUUAAGACACGAAUAUUCUUCAUCUAUUUCGUCGUUAAAUAUUAAUACAGUUUUCAAUUUAAAUCUAUAUGAAACGAAAAAAUGUCUAAUGAUUAAUGGUGAACAUAACCUUUUUUUUUUUAGCAUAUAGUAUCUAAAUUACCCUCCCCGACAUACCAUUUCGGAAGUUCAAUUUGGGUAUAUAAAAAUAGUAUUUUUUUUAUAACGAUUGUAAAAAAAAAAAUUAUAUCGUUGAAAUAUAAAUUACAACUAUAAUAAAAACAAUAUUAACGGUUAAAAUUUUUUUUUAAAUAUUUAAUAAUAAUAUACUAUAAUAUAGUCGCGUAUGUGUUUGAGCGAUAUGACCUUUGGACCAGACGAUCAAAAUUCACUGAUAAAAUUAUUCGUUCGGUCUGUUUGGAAUGGCUACAUAAUAUAACGUUACGUCUGGGUCCCACUUAGUACGUCUCGUUUGGACCAGAUGCAGCUCUAAACAGUUAUUCGACGUCCUCGACAUUCCUUGUAUAGUUUUCUGAAUAAUGGUGAAAAAAACCGCCGAAAACGGGAUAAUUUUUCCCAGUUUGUGAUUGUAAUACGACGGCGGUGUGAUUUUAUAACCAUGUAAUAGCAAUAAAUUUAUUUCGGCGCCAUCGCCGAUAACAAAAAUUAUGCAGCACAACAGUUCGUUUUUUUUUUUUUUUUUAAUAAUACAAUAUUAAAUUUACACGUUCAUUCAUUUAUUUGUAAUAAUAUAUUAUAUUUAUAUAUUAUCAUGCAUGUGAAUGAACGUGUAAAUGUUUAUUACAACCGUAUACACAUUGCACGUAGUAUAAAAUAAUAUAAGGUUAGGUUUUAAAUGUAAAACGGUAACGCGUCGACAAUAUUUAAACUGUGUAUUCUGAUAAGUAAUUAUUUUAUUUUUGCGCGCCGGAUACGGAAAAAAAAAACAAUCGCGGUGUACCUACGCAGUAGAUAAAAACUAACACCCAUUUCGUCGGGAAAUCGCAGAUCCAAGAAGAAUAUUUUCCAAUCGUUUCGAAACAAUUUUCUUAGUGAUAUAAACGGAGAACCAGAAAAAAAUAUGUCUCCUGUUCAAACGGGUUGUGUUUAUGUGUGAAGCAAUGCGGCGGCGGUGUUGAUCCUGACCGGCUGCGGGUCUCUAGUAAUUUUUUUUCGAUCCAAACGGGUUGUCCAAGUCGACCUAAACGAGUUAUGUUUAUUUUAUUUUUAAUUCCAUUCGAAUUAUUUCUUUUAUUAUAUGAAUAUAUAUAUAUAUAUACAUAAUAUAAGUUCCAAACAAUAUUACAUUACGAAUUUCGACGUGACACUGUAAAUUUUGAUUCGCAUUAUUAUCAUAUAUACCCGCGAAAAAUUAAUAAAAUAUCGUUGCAAUUUUAGUCGCAGUUCGGUUAUACUAUUAAUUCGAUAAAUCAGUCGGCCGCGAUUGUAGCUAAUAUGAUAUAUUAUGUUACACCCCAGUAGUGAAAUUUGCAAUUUUUUACCCGUUUCGUAAAAUUGACAAGUAUAAGUUGCUCAUUUCAUGAUUCGAGCAAAUCUAGUAGUAUUUUCAAUAUUUAUAGUUGUAAAAACGAUAUUUUUAAUAAAUUAUGAAUUAACAUAUUUUUUAAAAGGAUAAUAAUAAUAAUAAUAAUAAAAAAAAAUAAAAUAGAUUUAAUAAUAGUUAUAACGCUAUUUCGAAGAAAACAUCGAUAGUAAAUAAUUCAUUAAUCAACGAAAUAAAUCGUUAAUACCUUUAAAAUAUAUUAAUUUACAUUAUAUUUUUACAUAUUCGGCCGGCGUGUUUAGUAUAUAGUCGCGUUUCUAAUAUAAUAAUCGCCAGUCGCCAGUUCAUAAAUGGAUAGCAUUUUUGCAGUACAUUUUUUGAAAUGAGCGACUCUCUUGGCCAUUUUACGGAUUGGGCGAAUAAUAGUCCAUUUCAUAAAUUAGUAGACAAAUCCACCUAUGCGGUUUAGCAUUAUAUUUACACGUAUAAUACGAGGAAACAAUUCGAAUUAAUAAUUUCAUCGCGGCGAGUGAAGUAUUUAGUAUUAUCGAAUGCAGAUGAUGUAAUAAAAUAUGACUUGAAAAAUGUUAAGUAGGUACCUGUGUGUGUUUGCGUUUUGAUAAAACUGAAUAAUAAUAUUGUGACGACUGCACGAUGACCUAGAUACGGUAAAUCGAACGUAAAACUAUCGGUAUGCGAGAAAGAAGAACAGAAAAAAUGGAGAAAAAAAAAAAAACCGAACGUUUUUAGAGUGUUCCGUGGUGUAUAUUCUAAUUAUUUGCGUUGUGGUCACGUUAAUUUCGGGUUACUAUAAUUUGUUCGUUUGUUUUGUCUUUAUUCGCUUGCCCGCCUCAGUCGUCCGAAUUAUAACCUCUAGACUCGACGCUCCAUUUACGCGACAUUGAAUGGUGCCUAUAUUUUUAUUGAGGUUAUAGAUUGUAAGGUAAUAUUUUACACAUUUUUCUUGUCCGUUUGUCCGCUUGCUUAUAAUAUGCCUACGUUGUUUACGUUGGUUACAAUUAAAUGGUUUGAGAGCUUCGAACAAGUUCGGUUUGUAAUGCAUCUAUUAUAUUGCGCAAUUAAUUUGGUGAUUUUUCAAAAUUACGAUUACCGCGAGAUUUUCACUAUUUUCAGUUUUGCGGUCACAUCACUACAUAUUCGAACAAUUCGAUGAUAAUAGGCAUUCCACAGAGUACAUAUUCGAAUAUUUGGAAUAUUGUUUAAUUAUGCUUUAUAAUUAAACGUCAUUCAAAUUGUUCAAAGAACAAUUUUAAUUUUUCUUAUCUUAUCUUGGUAUUUUUUAAUAAUUCAUAAUUUUUUUUUUUUUUGUUGUUUAUCUUCCGAUACAUCAAAGUUGUCGAUAUUUUAAAGUCGGAAUAUAUUGAAUAUCGAUAUUCAAAUAAUUUUGCCCAUCCCUAACUUGUCUAUAGUUGGUUUGUUAUUGGGUUUUUUUUUUUUUUAGUGAACAAUUUUUCGACCAGCAAUUUUGUUCCGAUUUACAAUGAUAGCACUCUUUUGAAAGGAAAUCGGACUGGGGAGGCAAUUUAGGGAGGUUAUUUUUUGAUUUUCUCAGGAGUUUUCCCAAUAAAUGGAAAAAACGUAGGAAAAACCGGAAAAAAGGUACAAUAUUAAACAAAUAGGUAUUAUUAAAAAAAGUAUAAUGCAUAUGUAAUUAUUUUACCACAAUAUGACAAAUAUGACAUAUAUAUUGUUGACAAAGCAAUAACACUAUUAAAAUAACUCCGCCCAGAAUAGUGUUUCGUUAGCAAUGGUUAAUCGCGAAAUAUGUCCAUAUAUUAUUUAUUUUUUUUGUUAUUUUCGUCACUGAAUAAGUACACUUUUCGGUAAAAUAUAAAAAUAUCAAAGUAAUAAUACGGCAGUAAACUUUUUAACUUGUUUUAAAAUCGUUGUCAUUGAGUCUAAAAAAUAUAUUAUAGGGUCGUUAGAUGCGAUGGUUGAUAAACCUAGUAUGAUGGACUCGACUCGUGCAUGUUCGAAAAUAUACGUGAAUUGUAGUUUGAGAUUUUAUUUUAUUUAGUUACAAUUAUUGGCGGUAUAUUGAAGUGUAUAUCCGUCUAUGUAAAAAACCGCAAACGCUACUGCGUUUGAUAUAAUUUUGAUCGUGGCGUAAUAAAUACCUAUAAAAAAAAAAAAAAAAAACGUAGAACUUCACAUAAAAUAAACAUUUUCCAUCGCGGCGUGGUAGUGUCGACUAAAAACAAAGAACUAAUAACAUGUUUAUUCAUUGUUUUUUUUUUUCUGUACGUUCGCACAUACGUAAUUACGUUGUUUACAGGAUUUUUUUUCAAGUACACGGUAACCUAAUUAGUUCUUUGAGAUUCUAUAAUAUGCAUAUUGUAUAUUGUGCAUGAAAAUAUAGUACAUGUAUUAAAAAGGUAAAAUUAUAAUUUUUUGAUAUCACAUAGUUAAAUAAUUAUCAUGAUUUCCGAUACGAUUUUUUAAAUUUGAUUUUCACAUUUAAAAAAAAAUAUUUAUAUACGCUAAUAGAUACUGUUAUAUAAGUCAGCUCUUGUACAAUAUUCAUGAAUUUAUCUUUUAGUACUCGUAUAUGUACGGCGUACGCCAUACGGUAUUAGGUUAGGUUAGGUUAAUAGAAAUUAUCUGCGCACUAUUUUAAUUUUAAACCGUUGUGUGUUAUUAUUUCGCAAACUGUGAAACAAAACCAUGCGUGAAUAAUACGCAUUUAGGUUUUUUUUUUUAGUAGUAUUUGUUAUCACUUUGAAUUUAAACACUUGUAUCUUGCACUUUCUGGCACAUUAAUUCGGUUUCGCUGUGUGGCUAAACACUCCGAAUAAUAAGUAUUAGGAUCAUUUAUUUUUAACUUUAAAGGUUUAAUAAACUCGGAGGUGCUAUUUAUGAGUAUAUUCUUUAAACAAGUGUCCAUGUAAUGUAAUCAAAAUUAUUAAAAUUGUACGUAUUAUACAAUUGCUUAAGUAUAGAUUGUAAAUAAUAAUAAAAAGAUUUUCCGUUGAACUCUAAUAUUUUUUUCCCAAAGCUUGGUGGUUGGUACAAUAACAUCAGUUUUUUCCGUGUUGGUAGCCCUACGCUUAAUCUUCAACCUCUUAUCUGGAGGAACAGAUUAUCCCAAUUAGUUAAGAUUAGAGGGGUAAUAGCUAUUAUUAUUACCUUGUUUUAUCUGCUUUUGGUAAGUACAAUAUCAUUGCGUGUAUACAUAUUAUAAUACGGUAUAUAUUUAUGUAUUCUUGAGUGUAGUCAUCUUUAUUUAGCCCGUUAACGGGCUAAAUUUAUUUGCAUUGAAAUUAAUUAAUUUCCUAAACGAGAAACGAGUGUUCGUAUUAAAAAAAAAAAAAAAAUAAAUAUUAUUAUAUGUAAAUGAAGCAUGAGACUUAGGGGAAAUUAAAAUGAUUGUUUAAUGUAAACUAGAAAAGCAUACUCUUCACUUUUUAUUUUAUUAACUGAUGUCAUAUUAUAUAGUCUAAAACUUUCAAUAUUAUUUUUAAAUACGAUUAAAAAAAAGAGCUGAUGCAUUGAUACUGUUGAUGGGUAUGCCACUGUCCCAGGUUCGAAUUUGGGAAGGAAGGAUAUAUUAUGUUACUUAUAUCUGUGUGCAAUCAUAGACUAGAAAACGGUUCUAUGCGAAAUCCGGGUAAACAUGUUUUGAAAUAUUAAUUUUUUGUGAUUUUCGCCAAAAUAUGACCUUUAAACGCGUAGAAAAAAAGACUUAAUUUUUUUUUUGUAAUAUGAUGUACAACUUGAGAUGAAUCUCAAGUAAAAUCUUCAAACAUUCCUGCAAGGCCACAAUAAUAUAAUCCACAUAAAACCUUAUAAAACUAAAAAAAAAUAAAUAAAAAUGUAAAUGUUUAAAACUAAAAAUUGUCAGGAUAUUUUGAAAAUUGUAUCAUGUCUAGAAAAAAAUAUUAUUAUAGUAUUCUUUAUAAACUUUAGAUCUCUACAAUUAUUUUUAACAAAAAAAAAAUCGAAAAUAAUAUUACCUACAAUGACUAGUCUUAAAUAACUUUAAUGCACUUUACUAUAAACUUGAUGUUUAUUUAUGUUUAAGUAUAUUAAAGAUUUUAUUGAUGAUGUGGUGCAUAAUCAUAAAUCAUAAUCAAAAAUUCAAUUGGUAUUAUUGUACCGAAAAUUCGUACACAUUUUAAUAGUUUUUAUAUUUUAAUUGUAAAAUGUUUUUCUUUUAAAAAUUAAAUUAGGCCCCUUUCGGUAAUAAUUUUAUUUUAUUUAAUAAUUGUUAUAUAAAUGAUUUAGAUUUGUUAUUUGUUCUCUUUAAGUUAUUUUGUAAGUUUAAUUGUUAAAAAUUUGUUUAAUUAACUAUGUUUCUUUUCCCUUCUUUUUCUUCUCUUUAUUCCAUUUAAUUUAUAUUUAGAACUUUGAUUAUAGUGGGUAGACCAAUAAUUAUGAUUUUUGUGUUUGAUCAUUGUUAUUUGUUUGGUAAAAUAUAUUAUAAUUAUCAUAAAUUAUGAAACCGUUAGUGCCUUGAAAUUUCCCGUUUUUUCUAUACUUUUCCCGGUUUUUCCAAUUAAAAAAAACAAUAAAAAAAUCGCGCCUUCAAUCAUCAACUAACCAAGAUUUCCUUUUAAAAAAAAAUUCUACCUUUGAAAUCCGGAAUAAUAUUUCUAGUACCUAGACAAAUAAAAUCGAAAAUAAUGAAACUUUUACUGUCUCUAUUAUUCUUUUAAGGGUUUUCACAGUUAUUAUGGAAACGUAAAGGAGAAUAAAAAAACAAAAAAACCUAUCUUUUAAUGCUCUAGCUAUCUCCAAAAUGCUAUAAAAAAAAUUGUCGUUAUUUUUUGACUGUAGCAUUAUUUCUAGUAAAAAAUUCCUUAUAGAUAUGGAAAAAAAGCGCCGUAAUAAAACCAACUCGUCACGCUCAGAAUCCAAAAGUUGGCUGUAUAGAUUUACUUUACAUAGAAUAUACGUAUACAUACAUAAGUCAAAUAAAACUAAAUUCGAGUAACAUUACACGGGAUUAAUAUUUAUUACAUUUUUUAUAUAUAAUAUAUAGGAGACGAACUGAGAUUCGUAAAGUUUAUAUUGACGUUUUAACAAAUUAUUGACAUUAGACUUCUAUAAUGGCCAAAGUUUUUAAAUAUGAAAAACGAUGUGUACGCGUUGUAUACAAUUUUAUAAUAUAUAUCUGACCGAAAUUCAGAAAACUUAACAAAAUGAAGUUUGUAUAUUUACGGGUAUGUCCCGGAGGAGCAGAGCCGUAUAAUUUGGGCGUUGGCCGGUAAUCGUCGUUAUUAUUGCUAAGAAUCACCCCUUUUUUCCGUGUUAACCAUCUGCUCAAUAUUUACCUUUUUUUUUCUAAAUUCACCUUUUGCGUGUCAUUUAAAAAUUAAACUUUAUUGUAAAUAAUUAAUAAUUUGAAGAUGAAUCUAUCGGGUUGAUCACUCGAAAUUAUGUAGAAUACAAUGGAUAUAUCCAUACGAAUCCUCGAUUUCGGGUUGUGGAGUAUUACUUCCCCCCCUUCUCCCGUAUACGGAGGGUCGCAUUCAUAUUCAAUCAAAAGUUUCUAAGUAAUAACCGUUUUAAUUUCUAGAAAAAUAGCGUGAAAACAAUUAAUUUUCAAUAGAAUAACACGUUAGAAAUUGGCCCUAUAGUAACAUUGAGUUAUCCAUCCCUGGCAUGUUAUUAAUCAUAGACUUAUAUUUCUAAACCGAACAUUCACCCGGAGUGGGAUGCGGAGUGGGAGUCGGUCCGCACAGAUCAAGAGAGAUAAAAUAAUAUAAAGCCUAGUGUGAGAGAGAGCAAAUUUGCUCUCCGUGGAAGAUGUUUAAACAUCCUGUUUAUCAUCUCACGUGUUUCUGUUCUCAAAAUGAAAUUCCACCGACCGGAACGUGUUUUCAUGCUGAAUGUUCCGCCUAGAUAUAUAAGUCUAUGGUUAUAUUAGACAGAACGUGUUGUAGUUCACAGAACACACGACAAGCAGUGUCUUACGAAGCACCAAAGCACUACUCACAUGCACAUUAAUAGCGUUUUCGAUUUGAUAAAAAGUGUGCACUGCUGGUCAAUUCUUGAAUCUUAUUCGAAAAAUCACUCAUGAGACAUUCUCCGUAGGUUUUUGUCAUACGACAUUUGAAAUAUCUAUUUUUGAACUACUCAUGACAUUUGAUUGUGAACGCAAUUAUUUUGUCACAUACGAAAUAUUUUUCACACGAACCGUGUUGGUAACUAAUGCUACCAUGAUAAGAAUUAUGACAAGACUACCGCCUUCUUUUUUUUGAUUAAUGUUUUGUAGUUACCUAUUUGAUUUUAUAAUUUUUUAUUAUUUUAUGAGUUAUUUGAAAUUAUAAUGAUAGAUAAAAGAAAUGAAUAUUAUGUUUUUAUUUUAUAAAAUUAUUUACAAAUAAGUACUUUUUAAUAUUUAUUUUUUCCUUUAAUAGUUUUAUAAUAUCUUAAGUAAUUUAAAAAUUAUAUUUUGUCUGUUCUAAACUAUCUAUUGUACAAACAUCUUGCUGUAGUGUCUCUUUUAUUCUUUUACUUUCUACUAACUCUGGAUUUACAUUUCUCUUCUUCGAUUAUCAUCUUCAGAAAUUUAAUUGUCGAUAAUUCCAAAAUAAAUUUCUUCCAAAUUUUAAGCAGUCAUGCCUUAAAACUUGAACUUAAACAAAUAUCCACAUAUUGUGUAAAAUAAUAUAGGCAUUUAAAAUUUUAUCAAAUUUGUUUAGUAUAUAGUGAAAUACUUAAUGCUUCAAUAAUACCUGAACUUAAGCUUUAAUACACCAUUACACUGCUCAAUAAUACUCCUAGUUGCCAUUUUCAUUUUGUUGUACUUUUUUUCUUCAUUGUUGUUGUUUCAGAAAAUAGUUUAAAAAUGAUUUAAAAUUGUUUACUUGGCAAAAAUUCCGUAAUUCUGAUAACGGCAUUUUUACAUAGCAUACCAAAAUGUACUGAUUACUAACAAUUGAAGAAAUAACGCCGCGUAUCAUCUAUAUUAAUUUUUAGUUAUAAUUAAUAGGACAAUUUGAAAGUUAUUAUAAUGUCUGUACCGUGAAAUCAAAUUUAAUUAUAACAUAAAUAUUUUAACAUAAUUUAUUAUAACAUUUUAAAUUUAAUACAACUCCUCAUUAUAUAUUUUUAUUAUCUAUAUAAUAAUUAUGAUCUAAAUUUAACUAAUAAUUGAUUAUACGUCGUUAUGUUUUCUCAAAAUUGUUUUCUAUUAGGUGGGAGAAUUUGACUCGAAUUCGAAAGAAUAUCUUCACAUAUUAUAAUAAUACUUUUAAAAGCAUAUUACAAAUAUUUUUAUUGCAUUGAGUCAUAAGUUCAUAAGCAUAAGUCAUAAGUCAUUGAAUUCUAAAUUUAGAUAAAUAAUUAUUAUUGCUUAUCAAUUGAUAAUUGCAAUAUUUAUUAAUGAUACUUUACCCACAAGUCUUAGUAUUAAACAACAGGUAACAUAUGAAAAAUAUACAAUAGUUUUUACAAUUAAAAAUAAGUACACGUAGGUUAUUUUAUUAACUAUAUUUACCUUAUUGAUAUCUUGAAAUACGAGUAGUUAACAGCCUCUAUGUCUUAUACUCGUAUUUGAGUAAUUAUUCUUUGCAAACAAACUAUAUUUACAAAAAGUUGUAAAAUCGUAUUUUAAUUAAAAAUACGAAAUAUAUACAGUUAUAAACGAAAUUAAUAUAUUAUCUCUUUUCAUUAACAAGCAAAAAAAAAAAAAUUAUAACAUUUUUGUAAGAAUAUUUUUCUUUCGAAAACAUUCCUCUCAAAUCAAUAUCUACAGGCUAACACCGAGUUAUAAAUUAUAAUAUUAUUAUGGUUGAUCGGGUAGUUUUAAUUCGCCAUGAACUAUUUAAACGAAAUGGUGUGUUAUACGCACCAAAAUCGUGGAAAUGUGUGUUGUAAUUUACACCAGAAUAAAGAUAAAUAAUUCACGCUGACAGCACCGUAGGUAGAAGAAAAUAUGUUUUGUAAUUUGAACCAAAAUUAAAAUUCGAUAGUUUACUUAUGACGACAGUAAAUAACGUGCAUUUAGUUAAACAGCGGGAAGGUAAAAUAACACACGACAGUUUAACUCCGAAUUAAAAUCAUUCUGCGAUAAAAAAGAUAAAUUAUAGAAAGACACGCCGACGGCCAAUGAGACGUUUCUAUGUUUGUGUAAACUUUCGUCACGAAAGACCAGACGGUUUUCCGCUUGCCCGUAAUAAUGAAAUUAUAAUUAUUUUAUAUUUUAAAAUAUUUUCCUUGCGAUUGUUUUUUUACCGGUACCGCGGUAUAUAAUAUUACCUAUAGUCUUGUCUCACAAAAGAAAGGUUACCGUUUCACGUAUGUCGACAGAGCUCCACACCACCGCCAUCAAAUCCCUUUGCGCGUCGCUAGUUCACGUGCACGGGUAGAAGUGAGGUUUGAACGACGAGUGUCGUGGGGAGGUGCGCGUCACUGACCGGAUUUGGUUGAAACGCGGUACGUUUUAUUCGUGAGACGAGAGUAUAAUAUAUAUUUAUGGUAUAUAUUAAUAUAUGGUAAUAUAUACCAUGGUAUAAAUUCAUACUUCACAAUGAGCUAAUCUCGAUACUAAUUGCCUACUGAAGCUGCCAGGCACCUCAUUUAUUCACAGAGUCGGCUACCUAGCUGUUGUUAAGCAUGAGAUACUUUGCAAAAAGUACGCUAAAUCUAAUCUAUCGAUGAUAAAGAUGAUGAUGAUGAUGUUGCCGUAUGAACAUAAAUAGUUAGGUCAGGUUAGUGAGCCAUAUCAGCUAUUCUGUUUUAUAAUCAAUGAUAAAACGAUUUUAUUUAAUAAUAUUAUAUUUAAUGAAUUUCCAAGCAUAUCAAAAAGAAAAAUAAGUAAUAAAUAUUACCUAAUCAAAUUUUAAUUUCGUUCCGCCAUAAAUCAUAAUGUAUUAUUAUACAACAGAAUAUUGUCUACAGUGUUUAUAAUAAUAAUAAUACGACUUAUCUGUAAAAAUUACGUUGUUGUUCAUUCAGCUAUUAUACAGCGGUUUUAAAGAUUAUUAUUGCCCUAAGCUAAAGAUUUCCAAGAAACAAACGCGUGUAAGAAUGUUUUUAAGAGUAUCUAUAACGUUGAGCAUUCAUUUUUUUUAUUUUUUAAUGUUCAAGUGCAUUAUUCGGACUGAAAAUAGUGCAGAUGAUGAUGACUGAGGUUUUUUUUAAAAAAAAAAUAAAUUAACAUAGUUUUCGGUGUACUGCAAAGUUUAUAUAACUAAAGUUAAUCAAACAUUAUUACAGUUUCGUAAUUGCAACUGUCAAAAAGAAAAUGUUUUGCUUUGUUUUCGUUUCGUUACCUGCGGUUAAACGGAGUUUAAAUUGAAUAAAACAAAAAGACUAUUACUUAUAAUUUCUGUACUUCUAUAAUGUAACAUAUAAUAUAAAAUAUUUAUAACGUAAAGAUAAACUAAAUGUAACAAAUUUAUAAUUACUCAAUUAUCGUAUACAAUUGUCGUGCCGAAAAUCUAAAUGUAUCCAUUUCUAUUUUACUAUCGAUGUAUCGGUCGUUAUUAUUAUUGAUUACAGUUUGAUAUUAUGUCUAAAUUACUUUAUAUAGCAGGAGGCAGUUGUUCGUAAAUGAUAACGGUCGGAAAACGUAAUUUCUAUACCAAUAUUUGAUUAUUAAAUACUGUAUAUAUAUUAAUAUAAUAUAUUUAAUUGUUAAAUUGUUUCGUUUAAGGCCAAAGUGAAUAGAGGAAAUUAAUUGAAAACAAACCUUGAUAUUUUUCAUGUAAAACCGCAUAGGGUAGGAUUUUAUAUUUCGUGUGCAGUAUAUUAAUAUGUGACCCAUAAGAUAAAUAUAUUUCGUAUCAAUUUCGGACAAAUGCUUAUCACCCAACAUAACAAUAAUAACUGUUAAUUUUGCGAUAUUCAUUUACUCGUUUAUAUUUUGGAAACUGAACCGAUUGUAAUAAUGUUCUAUUUUCCCUGAAACGUAUUGUGUUUAUUACAAUAUACUUACUACUUCAUUAUUACUAGGUAAUUAAACAAAUAAUCCACGUUUACUCUUGCGUUUUUAUUGCCAACAAUGUAGUUUUAGUCUAUCCUCGUCCUUUUCUUCGCCUCAGUAAUCUCUAUUUUGUGUGUUUCGGCCACCUUGGUCCUAACUUUCCACUCUAUUUGGUGUCCCCAUCAAACACCCGAGCAAUACUCUUAAUCGUAUCUAACCAUCAUAUUUUGGAUCAUCCUCUCCUCCUCACUUGCAGAUUUAUUCGUAAAACUUCUUUUACUUAUAAUAAUAGCAUGUCCUAACCAUUCUCUUAUAUUAUUUUAUCGAAACAACGUCUCUAUAAUAUGCGCUACCUCUUAUAAACUCGUACCUUAUUAUAUCUUGUAUAGUCUACAUAGCGACUUUACUUGGGCUUGGAGUGGGAAUUAAAUUAAUGCUGGGAGUUUGAAAUUUAAACAGGCCACUCGAGAAAUUGUUUUCACUUUACUAAAAUUUAGCGUUUUAAUUUGAUCCCAAAAAUUACACAACAUUUUUUCAAAAAUAAUUAUUUGAAUAAAAAAAACAUUAGUUAAAUAAUUGUAUUAAUACUUCUAACUUUUAGUAGUUACAAUUUAUUGUUGAACUAAUUUAAGUAUUUAAUACUUUUGUAAAUUGCAUUACCUAUUAUCCAGUUAAUAUUUUCUUGCCUCUUCAAUUGGUUCAUCUUUGAUUUCAUAACUUUUCAUUUUAUCUUUUCCUAGCAAACCAACGCAUAACACCAUGUUUUUUUUUUAAAUUUUAUUUGAUGUUCAUAGUUAUAUAAUAUUUUUUCAUUCUAUAUGCAAUGCUUACUCAUGCACAUAGACUCUAUGCAUCCAUUUAAGCGGUCUCAUUUUUUGCUCCAUCUAAUUCUUUUGUUUACUGUCUAAAAUUCUGUAACCCGAGCUCGCCAUAGUUUUUAAAAUAAACCGCCUGGGAACAGGAUUUGUAUUUAGCGUAUUCUAAAAACUAGAUUAUUUUCUUAAAAAAAAACUGCAUCCGACAGCAUUCAUAAAUUCGUUUUAAACCCGAUUUAUUGGAUAACAUUUUGUGUUCUAUACUUCUUUAUAGUUUGAGUGGAUUAAAAUAUAACACUAGGUAGGUACCUAAUCCAUUUAAGUGGGUACAUUCAUUAAUUUGGAAAGUGUUAACUUUUUUAGGAAUUUGUUUUCUAGAACAUUCAAGAAAUAAACAGCUUAAAAAUUUUAUUUUUAUGCUAUUUUUUGUCACCCUUAUUUUUGAAGAUUAAACCACUAUUUAAUUUUGAUUUUCAAAUAGAAACCUAUAUUAAAAAUUCCAUAAAUAGAUGGAGUAUUAGUUAAAAUAAAUGUUAGUAUUUAAAUUUUUGAUCUUCGUCAAUCCGUCGACGAGAUAUUCCACUUUUAAGUUUGAGUUGGUAGUGGAGUAUCAUUUGUGUGGUGGUAUGACGUGCGGCUUGUUAGUGUUCAUCACUACUUUCCUCAAACUCAAACUUAAAAAUGGAAUAUCUCGUCAACAGAUCGACGGAAAUCAGAGAUGUCAACACUAAAGCUAAUUUUAACUAAUAAUCCAUCUAUUUAUGGAAUUUUUAAUAUAGGUUGCCAUUUGAAAAUCAAAAAAAGGUAAUAGUUUUACCUCCAAAAAUAAGGAUAACAAAAAAUAACAUAAAUAUACAAUUGUAGCUCUACAGCUGCUUGCUUUUUAAAUGUUUUAAAAAACAAAUUCCGAAAAAAAGUUAAAACUUUCCCAGAUAUUGAGUUUACCCACUUAAAUGGAUCUCCUGGUACUAUAUUUACUACCGGACUUUUGGUUGUUUUUUCAACCGGAAGUUUACUAUACGUUAAACACACAAUGUAAUGUUGUUCAACGUUUAUAUUAUUACAAAAAAAAAUAAAAUACUCAAAAACCGUAUCAUAUUAUUUUUUACAAAGGUUAUAUAUUUUUAUGAAAGGUAUACACCUUUUAUCAAAAUAUUACAAACACAAACACAUUUAUUUUAUUGUACACAAUUUAAACUCGAAUUUCGUAGUUACAUUUUUCAUAGCCGAUCAAGAAGUUGUUCUAUAUAAUGGAUCAUAAAGUAAAUAUUUAUACAAUAAUACGGUUUUGAAUCUAAAAUAAUAUCAUUAAAUUUAUGACGAAACUAUUUAUUAAAUAUUAUUUUAUCCAACCGGUAUGUCUUUAGAAAAAAAAAAAAUCUAUACAAAAUCAGCCUUGAAAUAUCACGUUAUUAUUAUCAUGGUUGCGACUGUACCUACGCAAUUACCACUCGAGCAAAUAAUAAUAUAUCACAUAGAUAACAAUAAUUUUAAUGUCGACGUUAUUUCUCAGGUAUAAUAGACGUCAUAAUAUUAUAUUAAUGUGGGUAUGUUAAAUUCAAAACCGAGUAAACAUGUUUUGACGGUAGUGUCGAGUGGUGUUUGUGGCAUUAUCACUUAUAUAAUAAAAUAUGUGUAUAAAAUGAAUUAGUUUAAUCAAAUUAAAAAUUUGCAAAUAUAUUCCCCUCCACUUAAAUAAUUACUCAUCAUUAUAUACUUUUUAGAAAAAAUAACUACGAAUUUAUAUUGUACACACAGUGAAGUGCCGAAUAUAGGUAUUUGUGUUGUCCGGGCAACACGUACAAAAAGGGUAGGUGUUGAAAUUAUAUGAUGACUCAUAAAUGUAUUUUGUUUAAGAUGUUUGCAUGGAUCGUGCCAGAUCCACUGUAAGGUCUCCUACUGUUACAAUGUUUGGCCCGUGGGUUACCAGUGUCGAUUAUCUUUGAACAUGGUAUCGGACAGUAGAUUGGUGAAAAAGUAUCAUCUUUAAUGUGGUUAUAAAAAAGGUAAAAAAAAAGAAAACAAUAUUCCAACUUUACAGAAGUGAGAAUCAUUUGAAAAACCUUUUUCUACUAGCUUUGUUCUUUUCAUAUUUUUUAAACGGGAUAGAUGGACACAUAAAAUACAACGAUAAAAGUAUACACGAUAGUUUAUAUUAAAAAAAAAUCCAAAGACCAAAGUAUAGCAUUUUGUCGAAUGGCAAUUUCAUUAUAAUUUUAUAAUUUAUGGAUACAAAUUUGAGAAUUGGGAAUGGUAUUUCCUCCCUACGGGCGCCCUUGAAUAUGGUCCAUUUGUGAGUAGUGGGGUGAUAGGUGGUGUUCUAAAUUCGGUAUAACAUCAAAAAAUGUUCAACCUCGGCAUGCCAUUGAAAUAUAACUUAUUGCAUUAUUUUAUUUGUCGCGGGAAGGAUAGAAUCUCCAGCGUUAGAUAUACAUACGUUUGAAGUAAAUAUUUUGAAGGUUUGAACUCGAGUAUAGUCAUAUUUAAAAAUGUGUAACUAUUUCUUUUGUAUAAGUUACGAGUUUAAAUAUCAUCUGUAUUCAGUACACAUGCGUAAGUAACUUUAUGGAAUGAAGGGGAGUGUGGAAUCUCCAUACUAAUAUAAUCCUAAUAUUGUAUAUAAAUAUAAAUAUAUAUUUGAAUUAAAUGAACGAUAGAAAUGUAUUUUGUACUCGUACUAAAAGUGUGACAAUAUAAGUUAAACUAUUUGGAUUUCUUAAUUUUUUUCAAUUUCUAAAACAUUUAAAUAUUACCUUAAACAUAAAAACUAUCGGUUGAGUUUUAAAUUGUAUUAUCCAAUGUUAUCAUUAAGUAGUUAUUGUUACCUGAUCGUAUGCGUAUGUGUUGUGUAACUUCAUGUCAUAAAUAAUAAAAUAUAUUAUUUUGUAUCUCGAGGUAUCAUUUACAAUGCCGCCUGUGUUUUGAUGUUUACAAAAUUAACAUCAAGUUUGUGUCUACUUGAUAUAGUCAACUACGCGUGUAUAAUAUUACCUGCUGUUAUUAUACGCAUUAUUUAAGUUGAUAUUUUUGACGACUCUCAAUUUUUUUUCUGCAAUAAAUUACACGAUAAAAGUCAAUAAUAUAUACAGCGUGAGUCAAUAGUCUACAUCCGAUUACGAAAACAUAUAGCCUAAACAAAAGUUAGAUAUUAUUAGCAAACGAUCUACUACAUAUACUCGUAGGUAAUAAAAACUAAUAUAAUAUAACACUAGUGGCUAAAUAACAAUUCUACUUUUCAUUUACUUUGAUAAAACCUUUAAAUUUGUACACAAUGUUUGUUCCUUUCAUCAUGACAUUCGGAUUUGGUAGAAUUUCUUCAAUCAUUUCAGAAGUGAUAGUACACAUCUCUCCGACAUUAAUAGAAAACUUGUUCCAAAAGUCUUAUUUUUUUCAAUUCUUGGAUUAUCACAUCACCAUUGCACUUUGCACCAAACACACAUAUUUGAAUUGUGUUUUAUUCCGAAGCCUUCCUAGAAGAUAACUAAUAAAAAUGUACGAGGUCUAAAGAUAAAUACAAUUAGUUUUGUUAGUAGAUGUUAAACAAUUAACAAUUACGCUAAUUAUAUGUUUACAUUUAGCUCUUUGUAUCAAUUUACCGAGGGAAAUUUAAACACGGUAAAAAGUGUACAAAUUCUUAAAAUACUAAAUGUAAACCAUACAAAAUGGUUUAUGGUUAUCAUCAUUAAUUAAAAGUAUAAAUCAAUACAAUACUUAUAUUUUAAACAAAUUGAAAAAAACGAGCAGAUUCAAAAAUUAAAGUUUUUAACACUGUUUUUCAUUAAACUUUUUGUUAAUGAUAACAGUAAAGAUAUAAUUUAUAAAAUGCUGCCAUCAAUAUGUUUCAUGGAAGAAAAUAUAUUAAAUAAUAAAUAUUAUCAAGUUCAAUAGUUAUAAUUUAUUUGUUUUAUCAGAAUACCAGCCUCAUUUACAAUUACCCCACCUAACCCUAUACCAUUAUUAGAUAUUUAAGAUGAAUUGAGUUUAUUACCAUAUGGAGCACAGCCGACCUAAAAAUUAAGUGUUCGUCGAUAUCUAAACAACAAAUUCAUAGACGGUGGUGGAUCUGGCGCAGAGAAGCCAAUAAUUUAGUGGUUCAACCUAGUCCACUGCUUUUCCCGGACUUCAGUGAUUUUUUAAAAAAAUGUUGGAAGAGAACUACGUGAAAGAUACGGGACUAGCUGAAAAGCCGGAUAACAGAUACGGUAAAGGGCGUGACACGAGACAUGGACGAGAGACUUUUGAUAGAAAUUUGAUUACUGUGUAUAUAGAUGUGUACUGAGCGGCCAAUGGAGGUGAUAUUUGAACAUUUUUAACAUAUUGCAUAGGUAUAUUCAAAUUUUAGAAAUAUUUUUUACUCUACUCUUGUAAUAUUUAUUUUUCAAAUCAAAUGAGCACAUUUUUAAAUUUACGUUUCAAACUAAAAUUCUGUAAUAAAAAAAAGACUAAAUAUUAUAGUAUUAGUAAAUUAUUUAGCCAAUAGCAAACUAUUAUAUACCUUCAGCUCCUGAUGUGCAGAUGUUCUUAUUUUCGUAUUUUACAAUGGUUCGUGUUCUUUUUUGGUUAGAUUGGAUAAUACACGUAUUAUAUACGAACGCGGAUAAAUGCAUAACAAAAAAAAAAAAACUUAUUAUUAUAUUUACAAACAUAUAUUAUUAUUAUACAUCCAAUGAAAUUUAAAUACAUUAAAAAACAAUAAUAUUUUUCCAGAGCCAAAGGUUCUCAAUGUCACGAUUUGUUACGUAUAGUAAAUAAGGACGUGAGGCUUGUCUAGAGAUACGAGUACUAUACUUAUCCUGAUUACUUUUUUGUCCUUGUUCCGUUUACGAGUAAAUUUUAUUGUGUGAUGCGUGAUGAGGUUUUGUCUUUUCGUGACCGUCCGUUUGUUGAAAUCGUUAACAUUUCUGAUGCGAAUAGUCUCCAGUGACGUGGCGUCGUAAUUUACAGUAUUUGCUUAUGAACCACGGCAAAGUUUCUACAAGUGCAAAUUGAAAAAUCGGUUGUUUUUUUCGCUUCUAUUAAAAGCUAUUUAUUUGAUUAAUAUUUCGUUAGUUUUUAAACCCUGUUAAACCCGAAAAUGUCUACAUCCAAUUUAUAUAAUAUAGUAUGUUGCCGACUUUGUAUACAAGUUUUAACACUAGAUUCGGGCAGCAAGUAUCAAUCGUUAUAAAUUAUUAUUAUAACAAUAGUAUUUUACUUUUAAACAAUGUAUUCUGAGCGGAGCGAACAGCGACCGUUCCGUUAAAUUAACAAUUUGUUGUUCAACAUUUCUUAAUAUCUUUUUCAAUAAAAAUGUUGGUUUUUCAAUUUAUCAAAAAUUAUUGAGAAAACACUCGCACUGUAUAUAUGCAUGUUUUUUAAAUAUAAUUUUUGAAAAAUAAAUUAAAAUAAUUAGUGAAAGUUAUACAUUUAAUAAUAACUAUAGCUAUUCCUUUAUAAAUUCGAUUAUAUUUUAAUUAAUUAACAAAAGUAUUUUGAACAAAUCCGAACGACCAAAUUUAGUCACAAACAAUAUAUUAAUCCGAAAUAUCGAAUAAUAAAUUCUUAACGCAUUAUAAUGACCCUUUAAUGAACAAAAUUAAUCAAACUAUCAUAUAAAUUUAAAUUAUUCAUACACACGAUAAUAAAACAAAAAAUUAACAAAAAAAUAGAGAAUUAAUAAUUUCUAAAAUGUAUUUGUAAGUGAAAAAAUUUAAUAUUUUCCCUUAAAUUGAAUUUAUAUAUUUUCAGGAACAGUUGAAUAAUUAUAAUAAUUAUUUUCAAAGUAUAAAAUAUUUUUAAUAAACUAAUUUUAUCGCCCUUAAAAAUUUAAACGUAUAUUCGUUAUUACUGUAAACAUCGUUAACAAUGAAAAAAGAUCAUAAAAAAAAUUGUGUUCGUUAUUCAGAAGUGUCCGCUAUUUAGAAGGAGAAAUCGCAUUUUUUAUUAAAUAAAUAAAUGAAAUCAAUUUUAUUUUUUAUUUUUCCAUUAAUUAAAUGCAUCUUAAAAUUACAGCGUUUCAUCGACGCGAUAAUAUUUCGAAGGCUGGACGGAUAAUAUAAGAUAUACGUAUACAGUAAUAAUGUAAAUAUAUAGCAAUAAAAAAUAACUUAAUCGUGUAGCCUUUUAUUUAGUUAUUCUACAAUUGUUCCUCGAGAUACAAAUUAUCAAUACCAAUAUUAAAAAGUGUCCAUUGUUGUUGCGGGAGAGAUAUGUUUUGUAAGCUUUGAACACCCUUACAGACUGCCAAACGAUACCAGAACUAGGGAAUGCAAUCGUGUAUAAUAUGCAUAAUAACGAAUUUUAACGUUUAACCGCCGCUAUAAUACCAUUGAAAUUAUGCACGAAUUUCACAAUUUCUUUUGGAAUUAUAUUAAUGUUGUAAUGGUUUCUCGUUGUUUUACAAAGAAUAUUUCUACAAUACAAUUUAGACGGGGAAAAAUACGUCUGUAACGUUGCUACUGGUGUUAUUAUUAUUAUUAUUUUUUUUUUUUUUUUGUAAAUUGCAUUGUGCCAACAGUCAGUUCGAAAUGUAUCCAGGAAGUGGUGUUAUACAUAUGCAAACGAUUACACGUCUACAACAACUUGUGUCUUUCGUGUGUCUAUACGUAUAUUAUAUCGUUUUCAGAAUAAAUUCAUUUUUGUAAAUGCGGUUUUUACAUCUGCAUGAUUUGAUGUUAUUUUGUCUGGAUAGAUGAUAAUAUCAUGGGCGACAGCGGUCCAUACAGUCUGACUUAAAUUGCAGAUGGUAUUUGCUGUCGCACUAAUGUAAACCAGGACAUUUUUACCGUCAUCUCCCGACCUCGUGAUAUCAAUAUUAAACAUAUUACCCACUCGGAUUUACAUUUUUUGUUGUUUUUUUUUUUUGUAAUACAUUAAUUUAACAUGACGUUAUAUCUAUAUAAUGCAUUAAUUUUUUCAAAUAACAAAUAACAAUUUUUCAAGUAAUAUUUUCCUGUAAAAUUGAAUAUUUUCCAUUCACAAUAAAUUAACUCGGUUGUAUUUUAUUUGUUUUUUUUACGUUUUUAAAAACUGAAAAAAAUUUACUGUCAGCAAAUUGACUAUCCGAAACAAAGAGUUUUAUUUUCAAAAUUUAGAGUAUUUUAAUUAUGUAUGGAUUAAAAUCUUACUAGAAAUUGUGAAAUCUAAUACUGUGAAAGGUAAAGAAAUAUUUUCUAAUUUAGAUAUAUUUUUGAAGGGUAUAUUAUAAUGUUUAAAAUUAAUAACAAACAUUGAAAAAAAAAAUAUAUAUCCAUUUCAAUAACUACACCAAGUGUUUGGUUACUUUAGAAAUAUUUUAUUUUCAUAAUAUUCAAGAGGUUUUAUUUUCUUCUUUUAUCCGUAUAACGACAAGGGUAAACGCGGAAAUCAAUAAAAUGCAAAUCGACUUGUGUAUACGUAAUAUUAUCCAGUCCUAAAUGUAUUGAGUGUCACCAUCCGUUUAAAAUAUAAUCUGGUUUCAAACUAUUAAUAUCUACCCGCUUAUGUUCAAAAUUCUCUCAGAAUUAUACGCGUGCCAAAAAUUAAUUUCUUUUAUUAUUAUGUUAUGGAAAAAAAAAAAAACACCAUUCUAUUCAUUAAAGUAAAAUGCUAUGCAAAUUGAAAAUGUAUAUAUAGUACGCGGUAUUUUCUAGUCCACACUGUACGAAAUAAUAUGAGAUACUUCGGUUUAUCCACUGAUUGAAUAGGUGUAUUAUGUUGUCGGGUCAUUUGCGGUCCACUCGGCGGUAAAUCAAAUGUCGGAAAGAGCGCAGUGGACAUUUCUGUAGUCUCAGAUAACAACAGUUAUGAUUGCAGUUGCGAUAACAACAUUAAAAUCGAUUGCUCCGGUCACAGCUUCACCCCUGGCCGACGAGAGCCCACUAUAAAUAAUUCGUUUAAACUUUUGCGCAGGCGUAUCAGUCAAAGCACCUCGUCGAAACCGUAUCGAUUAUCCCACUAUGUAGCUUUCACAAGUUACUUUUACUUCCCGUCAAACGGGAUUUGAUUUCCCAUUACGCAUUUCCACUCGAUUUCGUUCCCUCCAACUGCACUCGAUAUUCUCGUGCACAAAUCUCUGCUCACACACUCGACGGCGAAGCGUCGCGAUUUCAGUCCCGGGACACACGGGCGUUUUGAACGACAUCGUCGUAUCAGUAUAUUGUUAGUAUGCAGUCGUCAAUAAAAUCGUAAUUACAAUCGUAAUAUUUAUUUCGUUCGUACGGCCAUGAUAAUUUCGCCGAUUGUUUGAACGAAAAUCGAUACGAGCACUUUGAUCAUAAUAAUAAUAAUAGUAAUAGUUUAAUAACUAUCCAACUGUUAUACCUCCGACUACUGUUAUAAUUGCCGCAAUUACUAUUAGCGCGACAUCGUGUAUAAUAAUAAUAAUAAUAAUAAUAAUAAUAAUAAUAAUAAUAAUAAUAAUAAUAAUAAUAAUAACAAUUUUAACAAUUUUAACGGUUGCGUAAUUCGAAUAUUAACGUUGGCGACAGAAUUCCGUUGUUACGACAAGACGAGGACGGCCACCCACUGUAGACGCGAAUCGACAAAUUGUCGUCGUCGUUGUUGUUUGGUGCGAUGUGACGGCGCGCGUUUUGUACGUGUUAAAUAAUAAUUAUUGUCAUUGGCAUUUCGCGGCGGUCCGGCCCGUAAAAAACCAUACGCGCGCGCGCGCGCUCGCACACACACACACACACACACACACACACACACACACGCACGCACUCGGUGUCACGGUUAUUUACCGUGCAGCCGUGGCUUUUGCGCGCGGUUUUCCAUUUUCCCCGAGACGGUCGGUCGGGAACCGUCCGCCGGAUCGACGACGACAGGCAGUGUGCGGCGUUAAACCCGUUCGCCCGGUCCGGCGGUGGCGGGUAGCCGACCGCGGACGGGAGAGCGACCGCCCCCCGACACGGUUGUUUACGUCGCGGUUCUCCUGGCCUGACCCCCCCCCCCCCNCCCCCCCCGUGUUAUCGCGCGCGGGCGUCCGUGUAAAAAAGGCAAAUCGGAAAUCGGCGACUUGUGCCGGAUGGGUUUCGCAGACGGACUGGGCACUGUGACCAGCCCGGGGCGAUACGCGCUUGGCGGACGCCGUACGUCUACCGAACUCUCGUGCGUUACGCGUGCACGUUGUAUCGGCGGAUCCGCCCGAAUUUGACGGUAGGCGGUGGCCGGCCGCGAGUGGCGCAUUACGUUACCCCGUCUCUAACGGUGUAACGUCUGCCGCGGUUUGCAAUAAUCGCUCGUUCGCGUUGCGUCACUGUAGAGCGUGCGACGCGGGCGUAUUUAUGCGUUUCCACAUUGGCCGAGUGCAACGACGUGCGCGAUGUACCCGUAGUACGAUAUUAUCUAUGCAUGCGACCGUGUCAUUAUAUUAAUCAAACGCGGUUCCAAUUAUCAUUCCUCUUGACGUCCUCCGACCGCGCGAAUUCUUCUUCGGACCAACGAGUUGACAGUCCGGAAACACUGCGCGUGUCGCGCGGUGGGAAUUCGGGAAAAAACUGCGGACUUUAAUUAACCGGACUGUCCGGCGUUGACAGGUAAUAUCUGUGACAAUCGCAAGCGGUUUUAUAGGACAAGCGCAAUCGAUAUUGAUUUCUAGCCACGAAAACACGUGGCUAUCGGAUCUGCUAGGACUCCGAGGGAAUGAAUAAUUGAAAACGCUUGGAAUCAAACGAACGGCACUUGUGGACGAAAUUCUUAAUGUUAUCAAAUGUCAUUAUAGUUGGCAAAACGAGCAGAAGUAAAAAAAAAAAAAAAAUAAUCGCGCCGAAUUUCGAUUAAUCGAACAGCUCUAGGUGGUACGGUUUGCUGCGGGCCACUGCCGUUAAAAAGUAUAUACUUAUACGUUACGUCGAUCGAUAAAUUGCGCAGUUUUCUUUCCGCUUUCUGGGGGGGAAAAAAAAAAAAAUAAUAAUAAAAUCGCGCUGUAGCCGCGGUUAUCGGUGGUAAGACUGAAUUCUAGCCCACGGUUAUCAGCAACGAUGAUAUGUCACGAGCGUAUUGUUUUUAAAUCGCCAAUUAUUAAUUGACGACUUUGACAGACAUAAACGGACGUUUGCGUCGUUAAUUAAAAACGGAUUGCAAAUAUUUAAUUCGUGUCUAUUGUUUUUUCUAACUGCAUGUCGAAUAAUCUGUGUCUCAAAACACAAAUCGGUCUACGAAAACGAUCGUCUAACAAGGAUUACCAACGGUUUAGAGUACGGUACAUGUAAUACAAAAAAUACGUUGCAUUUUGUUUCCCUUGUAGGUUGUUACGGCCGUUAGAGCUGCACGAUCCGGGAUUUUCUGUUCAUUCUCUAAAAUAAUAAUAAUUGUUGUUAUCCAGUGGUGCCCGGGUGUAUUAGUUUAACCAUACCAUUUUAUACGAUUUUAAUUUGUAUGCAUUAGGUCUGCUGUUUACCCGGGGGAAACAAGUUUGAUGAUCGUCUGCGAUAACGUCCCUGUUUAAAAUAUUGUCUGUACCCCCCCCCCUCCUUUAACAUUUGCUGCAUGCGUUCAACAAAGGUUUGGUGGUCGCUCUGGGCGAAUAAAAAUAACUGAAUCGAAAUAGCAUGCAUUUUUUUAAAAUAAUUUUCGUAUAAAACUAAAAAGAUAAUAAAUGUACAUUAUUGUUACCGGCCUCGAAUCUUCAACAACACAUUCGAUAUUUUUGGUAACGUCGUGCGUGUACUCUUCUUGAUUACAAUUGUUUGUAAAUAGUAACUAGUAUUAUACAUACGAGUACUUGGCACAGAUGUGUACCAAUUGAAAUCAAAAAAAAAAAAAAAAACCGGGUUAAUUUUGAAUUUUCAGAAAGAAAACUAGCGGUUUUAAUUAGUUUUUGUUUCGAGACAAAAUUAAUUAUUCGUCUAUUUUUUUUUUUUUUUUUUAUCGUAUACGUACCGAGUUUUGUGUUUACAUUUGUGUUAAACAUUGUCCCGAUCUCUACGAGCAAACUCUUUAAAACGCUUGUUUCGUUUCUGGCCCGACACCCGGGGCAAUAACGCGCAAACGAAUAUUGUACACGAAACUUUUAGAUGAAAUUCGGCCGGGCCGAGCUGCCCGGUACCCGACUUAUUAUUGUUGUUAUCAUUGACGUUGUUUCCGCCGGACUUGACCGGUCCAACGACCCGGCGCCCGGCGUUUGAGCGGGGGCCGUGCGUGUACGUUCGAGGGGAAGACGUAAUGCGACGCAUGCCACCGAUGUCACCUGCUGAAUUAAUUCCCCGCGGACCGUUGGCACACGUCCUUUGCACGGUUAGUGCACGGCGCCAGGUGCGUGCCGUUCGCCAACAACGUGUCCUAUCGGAAAUCGUUUAUUAUCGGGACGCAAAUCCGAUCCGAUUCGCGAUUAUUGUUCAUCAACGGGCUGAGUCGGCCGUGCAAAACUAAAAACAGCCGCCCGGGACGAUCGCCGUCUCUCGCUCCACUCGUCCCACUUUCCUGCGUAAAACGCAUUCGUGACGAUUCGACGGGGAAAAAGAAAGAAAAAAACAACAAACAAACAAACAAACAAACACAGUAACGCGCACAGUGUUCGGAAAACGUUCAGAAUAACGACACGGCGUUACAAUGUAUUGUGCUCGGUAAUAUUGUUUUGGACGGCAUUUUAUCAUUGAUAACGGCCACCGAUCGGAAACGGCGACACCGGCGACCGCCAUCUCCGACUAUUGCGUUGGCUUGUCGCGCUGACGCGUUUGCGGCGACAUUACGCACGCAUCGCGGUGUCCGCGGGCGACGCGGUUCGUUUCUCGUCGUCGGUUUUUUCCUAAUCAUUUUUAUUCGAAAAUUAUGGUAAUCGCCAAUGCCACGCGAGCGUAUUAUUCUUAUUUGUUACAUUACGGUUAUUAUAAUUUUUACACGGCCGUGUCGUGUACGUGUCGAUUGCCGUUCCCCGCGCCGUUGUCGUCUACGCGGCCAUUGCGUCUGCGUCGUUUACAAUGCGCGCCGCGGGUAACGGGAGUGAGGAAGUUUCGGGAUCUUGAGGACCGACCAAACUUCCCGCCGUCCCGUCGCCGCCGCCGCCGACGAAACACCGAAAUCCCCGACCGUGUAAACACCGCGCGUGUUCGCCAAUCCGAACACGCGUCGCGCGCCACUGUCGUGUUCGUAAUAACUUUACCGUGCACGGCGAAUUAUCGUAUCGAGAAUUCGAGACCUUACGGAAAUAUUGUACAAAAUAUAUCGUUGCACGCCGCGCGUACGAAUAUAACAGCGUUAUUCGGCGGAUACCAACGAAAAAAAGGCUAGGUCGUUGGAAAAUAUCGUGAUCCUAUUCGGAAUACACGUGAAUAAAAUUAUCGAAAAACAAUCCAUGGGCGCCGUGGAAUUUGUUUCGCAUUUUAAAACAACGAUAUUACUGUAAUUAUCGCACUUGUUAUACCACCGGAAAAUAAACGUUCCUAAAGUCGCGGGGAUUUUAAGUCGAAACAUCCGAUAGGCACAUCUCUCCCUGAUACUAACGCCGUGCGUACGCCUAAAUUUCACUCUCCCUCUGGCUUCAUUUCGGAGGUGUGCGGGGGCGGUCGAAUCUAGAAAAAAAAAAACAACUCUCUUCGGCCGCAUACGCGCGGUGAAAUACGUAUUGAACCCCCGAAACCCGACCAUACAAUAUCGCCAAAAAACAACUCUAGUUCUCGAAUCCGUGCUAAUUUGAUUUACGCUAGUGGGGGGGAAAAAAAAAAAUAUCCGCACCAAUAGAGUGCAACAAUCACUAUAAUCGACUGAUAAUACGAUUGACUAUCCGGAUAUAUAGUAUAGGUAGUUCAGAACCCUUGGAUGUAUACUAACUUUAAGAGACUUGCGGGCGAAUUUUUUUUUUUUUUUUUUUUUUUUUUCGAAAAACCUAGAUUUUUUUAAGCAUUGAACUCCGAUAUUUUGGUUUUUAGAUUCUGGACGGAAUGAUGAAUGUAUUGGUGUUCAUUUGUUUUUUUAUUAUUAUUUAUGGUUGGUACGGCACACGUGCGUAUUUAUGAACUUAUUUAAUCUAUGUAUUAACUAAAACCAAACAGCUUUUUUACAACCCCCCUCCAAUAAUUUCUAUAUAUGUCACUGGCGUUUAGUAAUACAGUUUACAAAAUUCAAGGCCACUUCGAGUGCGAGAAAAAGAUUACCAUAGUACUCUUAUGAUAAUCAUCAAGUAUGAUAUUUUAGAUUUUGAGUGGACCGAAGAAGCUUAAGGCUUUACAAAGAUGUAACUUUUUUUUUCUAUGUAAAAAUUUUCUACCAGAAAUCUUACUCUGAUUUUUAAGUGUAGCACCUUUUCUAAAAGUAAAUCGGCACGGGGAGGUAUCUUCAAAAAGGUUUAACGGGAAAAUCGGCAUAAUAUUAAACAAAUAUUAUUAAAGAAAAUAUAUAAUGCCUAUUUAAUUAUUUUUUACCAUAAUAUGACGUAUGUACUGUUGAAGAAACAUCACUAUCAACUGAAUUCCGAUCAGAAUCGAUUUUUCGUUGGUUGGUUUAUCGUUGUGUAUUAAAUUCCCUUCUGUAUCCUAUCAUUUCAACUUCCCACCCACAACAGUGGCUGCACCCGUCUUCAUUAUCCUAGGACAGCUUUUUUCGUGUGGAGUUUAAGUGCAAAUAAAAACUGUAUGCUGGUGAAAAAAAUAUCUCAUGCAUAGACCCCUUAAAAUAUAACUUCAAAUUAAAACUUAUUCAACCAUAUUAUUUGUUGAUAUAAUGUUGAUAAUGUAUACUUAGUACUUACUUAAUUUGGGGUGGUUUGGCCGAGGGUUUUUAAGAGAGGUUAAACACCCGAGCGCCCGCCUAUUUUCACGUUGUUACGGCCUGUGAAUUGUGAAUGUUAACAAUUAAAAAAAAAAAAAAUGUAAAACCCCGUUUGUUGUGAUAUUUUCCAUGAAAAUUGGAUUCAAAACUGCAUUCUUGUAUUUCCUGUCACAUAUUUUAUUCUCCGCGAUUUACAAUUUUGAUGUUCUAAUUAAAUUAUUUGACAAAACGUCUACGCACGGUGUUCUCGCUUUUUUUUUUUUCUAUGGCCACCCCGCCGUGGUGAAACGUAACGCGACAUUGUAAUUAUGUUUGUUAUAAUGUGGUUAUUUUUUUCUGUUGGGACAGGUCGUAG